GGGCUGACCAAAAUUGUUGAGUUUUUUAAAGGUUGCAGUUGUUGAACUUUUGGGGAAUCAAAGUUGUUGAGCUUUUUUAAGAAUUUGACCCCAAGAAAUAAACUGCCACUGGGUCCGGAUUGAGCCCCCAAAAUGGACUUUAAUUAGAAGCAGCCCAUGUUGAGUCAGGGGCACACCUGCAAUUUGCGGGACACUGCGGAGACCCCACUCUCAGGCACAAGUAACGGGGGAAGCCCCCCCCCCGCUAAUUCAGGCCUCAGGCUGGUUCUCCCGGCUUCUCUUCAUCCCCCUAGCUUGGCCCCCUCUACCUAAAGCUUGCUUCCCCUUCUCAGCACAGGCCCACAGGAAGUCAACUUGGGGGGCUGGGAAGGCAGGGGCACAGGUCAGUCACAGAAUGGUAGCCUCGGAAGGCGGCCUCGAGCGUCAUCUAGUCCAACCCGCUGCAAUGGGUUUGCUUUCCGUAGGACGGAGCGAGGGCGCCCCCUGCUGGGCCGGGGCUUAGGCUCGUUCUCCCCCGAGGGUAAAUCUGGAUCAAACGGGGCGAGGGGCGGCCGAAUUCUGAAUGCCCCGAUGCCCCCUAGACCCCCCGAAAGCCGAGGCCUGGAAGCGCCUCGCCAAGUCCUCCGGGGCGCGCGCUCGGCUGUGCUCUUUUCGGUGCUUGGGGGAAGCCGCCCCGCGACUCCGGCGUCGGUCCCGAGGGGGCUCGGAGGGACUCGCGAGCGACGGCGCGGCGGCUCCGGGGCGCGCUCAGCCGGGCCGCCGCGCGCCCCCGCUGCAGCUGCCCGGCGCGGAGCGCGACGCGGAGUGCCACGCCGGGCGGGCGCAGCGGAGCAGGCCGGGCUUGGAGGCGCCGGCGGGGCGCAGCCGCCCAGGUAGGGCCGAGCCGGGCGGGGGCGGGAAGCUCUCGGUCUGCUCGGGGCGCAGGAGGGCGAGCGGGAGAGGGGGAGCCGGCGGGUCUCCUGGAAGGAAGCGAGGCGGCGGCGGCGGCGGGGGAUGCAGCCCCUUCCCCAGCAACAGGCGCUCCUCGAAGUGAGGCCACAGCUCGGGGCUCGGACAGGGCCUGGAAGCGGCGGCUCCGGCUCUUGGGACCGGAGCAGCGGACUCAGCACGCGGCCCGGAGGAGAAAAGCCCCGGUGCGGCGAGAGCGGGGAGCGUGGUGCCUUGUCCGGGCCUGGCUUUGUGCCGGCUCCUCGUUCGCAGGCGCUCGGAGAGCUGCUUUCCCGGCUGAUCGGUGAGGGGUCCCAGGGACCUCAGUCGGGAAUCGGCGUCCCUGCGACUUGGUGAGGCCUCCUUGGUCCCCCGGUCGAGCAACGCAGAUCUGGCGCUCAUUGCUCCUGCUCUUUUUCGAUGGUGCAAUCCUGAGCAGCGUCGCCGCGCUUCAAAGGGGGCGCUCAUCUGAUGAGGAGAGGCGACUGCGCAACCGCAGGGAGGAAAGGGCCGCCUGCCCGCGCCUCUGCUUGGAGGCGUCCCGGGGAUUUGCGAGGGGAGAUGAAGGGUGCUGGCCGAAGUGGGCCUCCUUUGGCCUCAUUCGGUUGCUGCAGGGCUCUUCUGGUCUUCCAGAUUCUCCCUGCCAUUUGUUCAGACCGAGGACCCUCUUGCCUCCUUUGAGCGCUUCCGCCCCCUCCCCUUGCAAAUACUUGGUCUUUUCUCUCCCUGCACACAGAUGGUUGUUCUCUGCGGCGUCUCGUGCGCUCCAAUGCACAUGGUGUGAUGGGGGGAGGGGGGGGGAGAGGAGAGACAGAACUCCUGGGUCCUGCUCCUGACUCAUCUUGAGCAAGUCUGUGCUGCGGACGUGAAAGGGGAGCUCUCCCCUUGUGCUGGGGGUGAGCGCGCACACGCACACACUUUUCUUCAGUAACGGUUUCUAAUCUGUGUGGAAUUGUGCACUGAGGGGGUCACAGCUGGGCACAAUCUGCCCUGAUCCAGACUCGCCCAAUAUCAUCAACAUGGUGCUUGCUUGCAUGCUUGUCUCCCUAAGCCCCACUGUGUUCCCUAGGCCGUUCUUGGAAUUGUGACCUCUGUUACAUGCAGACACCUUCCAGGAGCCACAGGUGAGAGCUGAGAGCAGGGGGGGGGGGCAAAAGUGGACAAUAACCCCCAAAAGGAGCAGGACGUGCCCCUCCCUAUACAGCCCAUAACCCCUCUCCUGCAGUAUAUCAGUCAUCCUGAACUGCCUGCCACAAGCCUCUUGGUGAUUGUGGUGUUUUCUGCAAUUAGAAUAACUUGAACUAGGAAGUCAUCAGACCCUCUGGUCGAGUUUGAAUUGCUGAUGUUCAUGGGUCCUGGUGGCUUCCCUUCUUCAUUUAAGACUGAAUUUUGAAGGACCCAAAACAGUUAGUACACCAGGAAGUGCCAUAAAACAGGCCACAAGUGUGCUUAGCAGUUGUUGUUUUUGGAGGGGUUGGUGCAUGUGUGAGAGUCCCUGUGAAUCCCUGUGAGUUAUAAAGAGCUGCAAGACAGUCCUGUGAGGCAUGCAAAUUGUGAAUUAGGGCACAGAUGGUUCCCUCCAAGUUUCAUUUUAAGAUGCCUUGAUAAAGAUAUUUAUGGCUGCUUUUUUAUUCUGCAUCUAUACAUACCUUCCAACCUACCUACCCACCCCCCCACAUUCUAACUGAAGGCUGGAACAGAUGUUUGGUUUCCUGUUCCCCAGUGGAGAAUAUUUGUGCCUUCUGGCCUUUUGGGAGAUGCUGCUGCUGUCACUGUUCUUGCUCAGGGUCUUCGUUUCCUGCCUCUUUGAUGGCCUUACCUGGCCAAGUGCUUCCUCUGGCUUCCUUUCCACAUCCAGUGGUCCUGGACUAGCACCUUCCAGUGUUGAGGGCUGCCAACCUGCUCUAAUGGUGAGAAGAUGGCCUUGGGUUUGUUUCUCAUUUGGCAACUUGUCCAGCUUUCCAGGUUAUUUUGGCAGCUUCCUUUGGAAACUGAUUCUGCUGAAAUGAGCAAGCACUUCUCUUCCAGGAGAGCUUGUUGACUCCAAGCCUGAGUGUUACUGUUGGUGAUAAGAUGCUGCAUUUGGUGUGCAAAGAGCUGUUCAGGAUGCUGUGUGUGGCUUCAGCACCCCUUCCUCAGAGCUACUGCUCUGGUGGAGAUUGGGAGAACCCAUGGCGGAGUUGGGGCAGGGAAACCCUCCAGAGCCCUCACUGCAGAUUGCUUGAGUUGUGUCUGAUCUCCAAGGAAGUGCCGUGAGCAGCCUUCCUUUGCCCCCUUAGGCUUUUGCUACAGAGACGGCCUCUUCUCCUCUGAUUCCUGUCACCUCCUCCCUGAGAUGCUUUGUGGCUUUUUUGUUUGGAUCGCUAGCUGUCAACACCCCAGCAUCGUUUUUUGCUCGCUAAUCGCUUCUGGACACAUUUCCCAUUGCUGAGAAGUUCCCUUUUAAUUUGUAAGCCUGGAAAGAGACAGGCCUGUCUGGAUGAAGUUGUGUUUGGUAUUUAGAAGCAGGAGAGAGUGAGGGCUUGAGUGGAUCCAUGCGGUGAGGUCUUUUCAUGGCUGGUUUGUGCUCCUCGCAGUCUGGAGGACUUGCUUCUGCUUUUUGGGAAAUCUUUUGGUCUGGUCUGGAGAAAUGAGGCAAUGCAGAGGCAAGCCUGUUCUAGGACCCCCGCAGUGGGCAGCUUUAGGGGGCUCCUCUGUACGGAAGCCGGCUUGCAGCUCUGGGGCCACAAAGGAGGAGGAGGCCAUUUCCUGCUUGUUUGUACUUCAUUCUGCCUUAGAAUAAUAGAAUUGUAGAAUUGGGAGGGACUGCAAGAGUCAUCUAGUCCACUCUCUACAAUGCAGAAAUCACAGCUAAAGCAUCCAAAUCAGGGGGGCAUUCUGCUUUGCAUGCAGGAGAUCCCAGGUUCAAUCCUGAUGGUGAGAUUUCCAGUGCUGAAAACCAGCAGAGCUGCUGCUGGUCAGUUUUAGCAGUGCUGAGCAAGAUGGACUUGGAAUAAGGCCACUUCCGUUAUUCCUAAGAGCCAUGGGCAACACCAGUGAACCGCACCCAGGUCUGGCAGCUGGUGGGGGAGAGGGAUAAAGGAGACCACAGUGGUGGACACCAUCUGAGUGAGGGUCUCCCUAGACUAGUUCAGCCCCCACUGAUGGGGGAUAUCUCAGGUGGCCAAGGAACCAAGGAGUGGGGAGAACACCAGCUCCUUCCUGGUUCAGAACCAAGACCCACUUUGCCCAGCACUUGCCUUGGCAGAAAUCAUGGUGGGCCAAAGGAAGAUGGCUUGCUUUGUUGUUGGUUCGCCAUGAAGUUUUAAGCUCUCCCUGAAUUGGGAGGCUCUUGUUUCAGCUGACAUCAGCACUGGCUGACCUGCUUGCCCCAUGAAUUUGUCUUGCACUUUUUAAAGACCUCUAUGCUUUUGUUGGGUGGCGCUGUGGGUUAAACCACAGAGCCUAGGACUUGCCGAUCAGAAGGUCGGCAGUUUGAAUCCCCACGAUGGGGUGAGCUCCCGUUGCUCGGUCCCUGCUCCUGCCAACCUAGCAGCUCGAAAGCACGCCAAAGUGCAAGUAGAUAAAUAGGUACCGCUCCGGCGGGAAGGUAAACGGUGUUUCCGUGCGCUGCUCUGGUUCGCCAGAAGCGGCUUAGUCAUGCUGGCCACAUGACCCGGAAGCUGUACGUCGGCUCCCUCGACCUAUGCUUUUGUCCAAGUAUUGUGUCUUUUAAAAAAAUGUAUUCUGAAAAAUAAGAAGUCUGGGAAGAGACCAGCAAGUGUUUGCAAGAAAAGUGUCUUGGAAGUGGGGGAGAUGGAAACAUACUAGAUUUCAUAUUGACUCAAUAUCUCUUUCAAAUCUCCGCUUAGAGCAGCAGGGAAGGCAUCACAUCAGGUGAAAGUGCUGCAAAGAAGGGGAGGGGAGGGAUGGGAUGGAUGGCUCAGCUGAGAACAUCAAUUUGACUUCUGGCCAUGACUGCCUAAGCUUUAUGGGAGGCUAUUUUUAAAGUGUUUAUCUGCAGUUUACCUCUUCUGACAAAACAAAUACAGUGGUACCUCAGGUUAAGUACUUAAUUCAUUCCAGAGGUCCGUUCUUAACCUGAAACUGUUCUUAACCCGAAGCACCACUUUAGCUAAUGGGGCCUCCUGCUUCUGCCAUGCCGCCGCCGCUCGAUUUCUGUUCUCAUCCUGAAGCAAAGUUCUUAACCCGAGGUACUAUUUCUGGGUUAGUGGAGUCUGUAACCUGAAGUGUAUGUCACCUGAAGCGUAUGUAGCACUGUACUUCAGCAUGGCAGUUUCCCAAAGUGUUGCCCUGCUAGCCAUGACAAAGAGCUCUGAGUUACUUGUGAACCUCACCUUGUUUUCUCUCUGAGAGGCUUUGAUCCCCAGCCUGGUCUACCGGGAGCAAGUGGGACCUGGAUGCUGUGCAUGGGCAGCUUCCUUUUCUUCAUGGGCCAAGUGGAGAUGUUGGUUAAUGGUGUACCUCACCAGGUUGUUGGAAGGGCAAAUGUGAUAGAGAUUGCAAGCUCUCCUUUCAGCCUAGUGCUUGCAAACUGUUGCUCAGAAUCCUUUCUCCACUGCUAAAGCAAAAACCAACCAUUUUGCAACCCAGGCUUUGGCACCCAAUCCCAAAUGGCAAAGAGUUUCCUUCCUUCACAGAGCACAAGGUACCAAUUCAAUGGUGUCCCUCAAGGGUCUCCCCUUGGGUGACUUCUCUGAAUCCGUGAGCCAUCUAGCACCCAGCCAUGCCUUUGGGCCCCCACUCUCAGGAGCAUCUCUCCCACCAUCACCUGAGCAGAGGCCCCAAAGACCCCUUAGAGGUGCUGCUUCCACUGUUCCAUCCACCCCACUCGUACCAUUUUGGGAAUAGGCAGCUGCCAGUCUCUGUGUGGGAGGAGGGCAGAGACACCUCCUUUCUCAGCCUUUGAAACAGGAGGUGCCAGUUUCCGGCAUGCAAAAGAUGCAGGAGUCCCCGUGGGACACAGAGGCCCCCCCCCUGCGCCUGCAUGCAGGUGCCCAUCUGGCCCACAGCUGCACCCCCAGCAGGCAGGCCGGCAGGCCACAGCCAUGCCUGUGGCUCUGGAACAGGACCAAUGAACUUACUUUCUUUUCUCAAGGGGGACUUAGCUGCUCCCCAAAAUCCACGUUUUGCCGGGCUUCUGCCCCUCUUAAGUCCGGGCCCUGGAUUCCCACUGUCUUGGCAUGUGGGGUCCUUAGUCUCAGGAUGCCAACCCUCCCCCCUCACUGACCCAUGGAAGGAACGGUGUCCGCCCCCCACCCCAUGCGUGGUAUUCUCAUCCAAGGGCUAAGGACCUUCUUGUUAGAAUUCCUGCUUCAUGAUUGCAGUCAUGGGAUUGUUGUCUUUUUUUUUUAAAAAAAAUAAUUUUUAUUAAAGUUUCAAUCAAAAAUUAAACAACAAACAGAAACAAACAAAAAAAACAUAAAAAGAUACACAAAUACACAAUACAAAUCCCAAAAAGAAAAUAAAAAAACACACGAAGAACAAGAAUCAACAAAAAAAACCCCCAUAACAAUUAAAAACAAUAUCUCUUUUCCAUUUCCGUCUUUGAAUUUACUUAUUUUCUGGACUUCCUCAUACCUCCCUCUUUUGUAUUCCAAUCCAAAUUGUUUGUCCAGCAAUUUCUUUUCCACUUUUUUUUUUAUCCCAAUCUUUAAUUUUAAUAUAAUAUAUAACUUCAACUUCUUUAAACCUAAUCUUUGAUCUUAAUGUAAUAUAACAUUGAAAUUUUCCCUCUUAAUUGUCAAGUUCCAUUUCCUUAACCAUCUUUAAACCUAAUCUUUAAUCUUAGUCUAUCAUUAACUUUAACCUGUUCAGCUGGAAACCACUUAUAUUCAGUCCAACAUCUCUAACAUUCUUUAAUUUUACAAUGUUUCUGAAGAUAGUCUUUGAAUUUCUUCCAGUCUUCCUCCAUUGACUCUUCUCCCUGGUCACGGAUUCUGCCAGUCAUUUCCGCCAAUUCCAUAUAGUCCAUAAGUUUCAUCUGCCAUUCCUCCAGCGUGGGAAGUUCUUGUGUCUUCCAAUACUUUGCGAUGAGUAUUCUUGCUGCUGUUGUUGCAUACAUAAAGAAAGUUCUAUCCUUUUUUAACACCAUUUGGCCGACUAUGCCCAGGAGAAAGGCCUCUGGUUUCUUCAAGAAGGUAUAUUUAAAUACCUUUUUUAGUUCAUUAUAUAUCAUUUCCCAGAAAGCCUUAAUCUUUGGGCACGUCCACCAAAGGUGAAAAAAUGUACCUUCAAUUUCUUUACAUUUCCAACAUUUGUUAUCGGGCAAGUGAUAAAUUUUCGCAAGCUUGACUGGGGUUAUGUACCACCUAUAUAUCAUUUUCAUAAUAUUCUCUCUUAAGGCAUUACAUGCCGUAAAUUUCAUACCUGUGGUCCACAACUGUUCCCAGUCAGCAAACAUAAUGUUAUGUCCAAUGUCCUGUGCCCAUUUAAUCAUAGCCGAUUUUACCGUUUCCUCCUGAGUAUUCCAUUUCAGCAGCAAGUUAUACAUUCUUGACAAAUUCUUAGUAUUGGGUUCUAACAGUUCUGUUUCUAAUUUAGAUCUUUCCACCUGGAAGCCAAUUUUCUUGUCCAAUUUAAAUGCCUCCAUUAUCUGAAAAUAAUGAAGCCAGUCUCGCACUUUGUUUUUUAAUUUUUCAAAACUCUGCAAUUUCAGUCUAUCUCCGUCUUGUUCCAAAAUUUCCCAAUAUUUCGGCCAUUUGACCUCCAUAUUGACCUUUCUCAAGGCUUUCGCUUCCAUUGGUGACAGCCACCUUGGGGUUUUGUUUUCUAACAAGUCCUUAUAUCUUAUCCAAACAUUAAAUAGCGCUUUCCUCACAAUAUGGUUUCUAAAUGCUUUAUGUGCUUUGACCUUAUCAUACCAUAGAUAUGCAUGCCCAUGGGAUUGUUGUCUAUCACAUGACGGUGUAUGUUUUUACUCCACAGUGUGGGAAGUGACGGAGACAGGAUGUUUGUGUUACUGUGUUCCAGUGCUCUGUGUGUGUUUAUAUGUAAAUAAGGUAAAGGUAAAGGGACCCCUGACCAUUGGUCCAGUCGUGACCGACUCUGGGGUUACGGCGCUCAUCUCGCUUUAUUGGCUGAGGAAGCCGGUGUACAGCUUCCAGGUUAUGUGGCCAGCAUGACUAAGCCGCUUCUGGCGAACCAGAGCAGCGCACAGAAAUGCCGUUUACCUUCCUGCCAGAGUGGUACCUAUUUAUCUACUUGCACUUUGACGUGCUUUCGAACUGCUAGGUUGGCAGGAGCAAGGACCGAGCAACGGGAGUUCACCCUGUUGCGGGGAUUCGAACCGCCGACCUUCUGAUUGGCAAGUCCUAGGCUCUGUGGUUUAACCCACAGCGCCACCCGCGUCCCUGUAAAUAAAGUAGAUUGCCAAAAUGCUGAGUUGUUGAGGUCUGUUACGCAGACUGCAAGAACUCUGCAGAUCCCUAAGUGUGCCGAUGUCUGUUGGCAUCAGUCGUUGUGAUGUUCGGGCAGAAGAAAGCUUUUGAAGCUCCCGAACGAUCGACCAGGAGGGAGGGAACAUGCCAGUCAGGCAUGUGUCUCUGCCAGGGUCCUACUCGAGAGUAGAAUGAGCUCCUCACACUUCUGCCCUCCUGCCCUCCCUUUGCCCAACAGCCAGGCCUCUAGCCUGCACCGGCACAGCCUCCCCCACUGCCUUCUCUCCGCCUUUCUGUUCUGAUCACAUCAGUGCACUUUAAAAGCACUUCCUUUGGGGCCCCACAAAGACGCCCCCCCAGGCCUGAGCAGAGCAGCUCUCCCACGCUGGAACACUGCCUGUCAAGUUGCAUUUCUUACAGAUUCCAGCAAGGUGAAAGGGCAGGCAGGCAGACAGAUCAGCUGCUUUGCAGGAGCCGGAGGUGGGCAGAGGGGCUCCUGCCCCCUCUCACAGAGCAUGGGUCCUGCCACCACAUCUCCUCUCUCGGCAGUUUGUGGCAGCAGGUACAGGGAAGAGGCCCUGGGUCUGCUGCCAAACAAGCAUCCCCUUUCUUUUCCUUCCUUCCUUCCCUGCCACACUGAGCCUGUCAAGCUGACGCCCACCUGAAGAAACGCUUCUGAAAAACCAGAUAUACUUUCUGUCACUGGAUGAUGCUAUUCUGGUCUCCAUUUCCCCUUCCAUGUUCCCCUCACAGGCUGAGGGAUGGCAGGGGGCUCCUCCUCCUCCUACCCGGAGUCAAGUCUUUGCAGGACCAGAACCAGCUAGCAUUAUGCCAAGCAGUUUGGAGCAGCCCAGAGAUGUUCAUGAUGAGCAGCCCUUGGGGGCAGGCUGAGUCAGGCAAGAGUUUUGCCUUGACUCCUGAAAGACCAGCAAAGCUUUGGAAGGGCAUCACUUCAGGGGCUUGAAUUGCAAGACUGAAGUCCUAUCAUCCGCUGCCUGAAUCAGGAUAGCAGGUUUUAUUCCAGUUUUUGGAUGUUAAUUAGCUAGAUGGUUUGUGAAUGGUGACAGAUUGUAUUUUUUGUAUGUCAGUUCCUUUUAAUUUCUUCCUUCAUGCUACACCUAUGUGUAUACACCCUGGAAUCCUUUGCACUCCCAAGUAUUUUACAUUUAUUUGCAGUAAAUAAAUGUAUGAAACAAAUACUUGCCAGCUGUCAGAAAACCUUCAUCCCCGCCAAAAGCUGAUUUGUUAAACUGGUUGGUCUUUCAGGUACUGGUGUGGAAAUGUCAGCAUUGCUCUGGCUUAUCUGGUCAGCGCUGAGGAUGUGCAGGGGGUGCUGAGACUGGGGUGGGGGGCCCUGCAGGUGCCCCAUAGCCCCAUGGUUGGGAUGGAGCCUCCGUGGCUCCUGGUGCUUUUGCUGCAAUAGACCAACAUGACUACCCCUCUGGAAAAUGGUGGGUGUGAACUCUGGGAGGUUCACUUCAUUCACUGCAAGCCUUGCAAGGCAAUAGUGUCCCCCUCCCCAAGGCUCUGACAAAUACAAAAACCCACUGACAAAUACCCACUGACAAAUACCCCUUCCUCUUGGUUCAUGUGGGAACCAAUGACACUGCAAGCAAUAGCCUCCAGAAGAUCAAAAGAGACUACGAGGCUCUGGGCAGGAAAUUGAAGCAAUUAAAUGCACAAAUUGUCAUCUCAUCUGUCCUCCCAGUUGAACGACGUGGCCCAGGGAGAGAGGGAAAAAUAGUGGAAGUGAACAGCUGGCUUCGCAAAUGGUGUAAACAGGAACGGUUUGGAUUCUUAGAUCACGGACUGCAGUUUCUUGAAGAUGGACUUCUGGCAAGCGAUGGGCUGCACCUCACAACGGUUGGGAGAAAUGUUUUUGCCAAAAAUCUCAGAAACCUCAUCAGGAGGGCUUUAAACUGACUAAUGUGGGGGAGGGAGACAGUGCUCCUGAAGGUAGGAGUCUAUCAAUUGAUGAAGAUGAUCAUCCAAAUGUCAUAGACCAAAUGGAACAAACAGCACGCAGACCUAGUGGUGGGAGGAAAAAAUCCUUAAAUAAGAGACACGGGGGAAUGAUUAAUGGACUUCAGUGUCUGUACACUAAUGCGCAAAGCAUGGGAAAUAAACAAGAUGAGCUUGAGCUCUUGGUACAGCAAACUAAAUAUGACAUAAUAGGCAUCACUGAAACCUGGUGGGAUAAGUCCCACGAUUGGAAUGUAAUAAUCGAGGGAUACAAUCUAUUUCAGAGAAACAGACCAGACAAGAAAGGAGGAGGAGUGGCGUUAUAUGUCAGGGAUGUGUAUACCUGUGAAGAGAUCCAAGAUUUAGAACCUCAAAGCCAAAGUGAGAGCAUUUGGGUCAAAAUUAAGGGAGAGAAGAAUAACAGUGACCUCAUUGUGGGAGUUUACUAUAGAUCCCCAAGCCAAACGGAAGACAUAGAUGAUGCCUUCCUGGAAUAGAUGGCCAAGCAUGCAAAAGGAAGGGAGAUAGUAGUAAUGGGGGACUUCAAUUACCCGGAUAUUUGUUGGAUGUCAAACUCAGCCAAGAGCAUAAGGUCAAACAGAUUCCUCACUGGCCUUGCAGACAACUUCAUUGUCCAGAAAGUGGGAGAAGCAACAAGAGGAACAGCCAUUUUAGAUCUGGUCCUAACCAAUGUUGAUGACCUGGUUAGUGGGGUAGAAGUGGAAGGAUCAUUAGGCGCGAGUGAUCAUGCUCUUCUGAAGUUUACUAUACAGCGGAAAGGAGCAGCCAAGCAUACUAGGACUCAAUUUCUUGACUUUAAGAAAGCCGACUUCAUAAAACUUAGGGAAGUGCUGGGUGAGAUCCCAUGGACAGUAAUACUAAAAGGAAAGGGAGUUCAUGAUGGCUGGGAGUUUGUUAAGAGGAGAUAAUAAAAGCACAACGUCAGGCAAUACCAAUGAGACGGAAACAUGGAAGGUGCCUAAAGAAGCCAGGGUGGCUAUCUAAAGAACUUUUAACUGAGUUAAGAUUAAAAAAAGGAUGUGUACAAAAAAUGGAAAAGGGGGGAAACCACCAAAGAGGAAUUCAAACAAAUAGCCAGCACGUGUAGACACAAAGUCAGAAAAGCUAAAGCACAGAAUGAAUUCAGGCUUGCUAGAGAGGUUAAAAGCAACAAAAAGGCUUUUAUGGGUAUGUUCGUAGCAAAAGGAAGAACAAAGAAACAGUGGGGUCACUCAGAGGAGAAGAUGGUGAAAUGCAAACAGGGGACACAGAAAGGGCUGAACUCCUCGAUGCCUUCUUUGCCUCAGUCUUCUCCGAUAAAGAUAAAUGCCCAACCUGAAGAAUUUGGAGCAAAUGAUUCAGCAAAGGAAACACAGCCCAGAAUAACUAAGGAGAUAGUACAAGAAUACUUGGCUAGUUUAGAUGUAUUCAAGUCUCCAGGGCCAGACGAACUGCAUCCAAGAGUUUUAAAAGAACUGGCAGAUGUGAUCUCAGAACCACUGGCAGUCAUCUUUGAGAAUUCCUGGAGAACAGGCGAAGUCCCGGCAGACUGGAGGAGGGCAAAUGUUGUCCCUAUUUUCAAAAAGGGGAAAAGAGAGGACCCAAAUAAUUACCGCCCAGUCAGUCUGACAUCAAUACCAGGGAAGAUUCUGGAGCAGAUCAUUAAGCAAACAGUCUGUGAGCACCUAGAAAGGAAUGCUGUGAUCACCAAUAGUCAGCAUGGAUUUCUGAAAAAUAAGUCAUGUCAGACUAACCUGAUCUCGUUUUUGACAGAAUUACAAGCCUGGUAGAUGAAGGGAACGCAGUGGAUGUAGCCUACCUUGAUUUCAGCAAGGCAUUUGACAAGGUGCCCCAUGAUAUUCUUGUAAAGAAGCUGGUAAAAUGCGGUCUUGACUAUGCUACCACUCAGUGGAUUUGUAACUGGCUGACUGACCGAACCCAAAGGGUGCUCAUCAAUGGUUCCUCUUCAUCCUGGAGAAGAGUGACUAGUGGGGUGCCACAGGGUUCUGUCUUGGGCCCGGUCUUAUUCAACAUCUUUAUCAACGACUUGGAUGAUGGACUCAAGGGCAUCCUGAUCAAAUUUGCAGAUGACACCAAACUGGGAGGGGUGGCUAACAGCCCAGAGGACAGGAUCACACUUCAAAACGACCUUGACAGAUUAGAGAACUGGGCCAAAACAAACAAGAUGAAUUUUAACAGGGAGAAAUGUAAAGUAUUGCACUUGGGCAAAAAAAGGAGAGGCACAAAUACAAGAUGGGUGACACCUGGCUUGAGAGCAGUACAUGUGAAAAGGAUCUAGGAGUCUUGGUUGACCACAAACUUGACAUGAGCCAACAGUGUGACGCGGCAGCUAAAAAGCCAAUGCAAUUCUGGGCUGCAUCAAUAGGAGUAUAGCAUCUAGAUCAAGGGAAGUAAUAGUGCCACUGUAUUCUGCUCUGGUCAGACCUCACCUGGAGUACUGUGUCCAGUUCUGGGCACCACAGUUCAAGAAGGACACUGACAAACUGGAACGGGUCCAGAGGAGGGCAACCAAAAUGGUCAAAGGCCUGGAAACGAUGCCUUAUGAAGAACAGCUAAGGGAACUGGGCAUGUUUAGCCUGGAGAAGAGGAGGUUAAGGGGUGAUAUGAUAGCCAUGUUCAAAUAUAUAAAAGGAUGUCACCUAGAGGAGGGAGAAAGGUUGUUUUCUGCUGCUCCAGAGAAGCGGACACGGAGCAAUGGAUCCAAACUACAAGAAAGAAGAUUCCACCUAAACAUUAGGAAGAACUUCCUGACAGUAAGAGCUGUUUGACAGUGGAAUUUGCUGCCAAGGAGUGUGGUGGAGUCUCCUUCUUUGGAGGUCUUUAAGCAGAGGCUUGACAACCAUAUGUCAGGAGUGCUCUGAUGGUGUUUCCUGCUUGGCAGGGGGUUGGACUCGAUGGCCCUUGUGGUCUCUUCCAACUCUAUGAUUCUAUGAUUCUAUGGCCUGUGCUAUUCCUUGGGAGAGGCAGUUCAGCUGCCUUCUUUCCAGUGAUGGAGGGGACUUGAGCAGUGGCCUUAGGACUGGCCCAACCACUCCAGGGGGUAGUCCAAAGAGCCAGCCCACCUGUCCAGCCCAUUCAUCUCCUUGGCUGGACCCCUGAAUCAGGUCUUUCUGAUGCAAAGCCCACCUGGGACUUGCUGGGGGGGAAGCACAGCUGAAGCAGACAUUUUCUGGCAGGGCGGAUGGUGGUGGCAGUGGAAGGAGAGUCCAGAGUUGGUAUCAGAGAUCCUCCCCAUAAAGCAAUUAGGCUUGGAUUCCCUAAGGGAGAUGGGGAGGGAUGUUGGUGUGUGUGUGUGUGUGUGUGUGUGUGUGUGUGAUGAGGCAGAAGCCAUGGCUCUGUGAUUCAUUGUGAUGCCUCUUACUCCACCUUUGAUUGCAGGUUGGGUAUUAACUGCCACCUCCAGAUGAAUGUUCCCAGAGGAAGCGGUGGCAGGAGAGACAGUUUUCAGGUGGGAGCUGAAAUGUGGAAAGCAGGCAGGGAACCAGCGGUGCCUCUUUGAAGCACUGGAAGCAAGAGGUAGAAAAUGGAGCUGAGCAAGACAAGCCGAGCCACAGGCCUUGGCAGUGAUGGGCUUCCAAGGGCUCAGGCAGUCCUUGGGUCGUGAUGCAUCCAGGUGCCUCUCGCAGGUGUGUGCAAUGUGUGUGGAGCUGUGACUAUUGUGGCCAUGAUCUGUGUAGUCCUCUGCCUCCCCACAACCCCCCCCCCCCAAAUGCUCUGACUGGUGGCUCAGACCUUUAUCUGACGAGAUGGUGGAGCCAGGAGAGGCCGAUCCCCGAGGGUCUUCUGUGGGGUCAGCUGCUGUCCUCUGAGGGGCUUGGCUGUGAUACCUGCCAUGGUUGCAGCAACUGCCCUUUUCUCCCUUUCUUUUUUGUAAUUGACUUUAUAGUUACCCAUGCCUUGUGGUUGCUGCUUGUCUUUUUUUACGCUGUAAGUCUCUUUGGAUCAGCGAUCCUCAGAAACAGCCUAGAAAUGGCUUGGAGAAAGACAUGGGGACAGCUUGAGCUUGGUGGGAGCAGCCCAAACCUUCUCCCAUCUUGCUCUUGGAGUUGCAAAACAUCCAUGGAGGCACAGCUGCCGGCAGGCCUGUGGAAAAGCACGCUGCCUCGAGUAUCAGGAGCUGUAAACUGCUUCCUCCUGGCUCUCCUCUGGGCUCCCUGCCUCACUUGGAGACGGCAGCUAGCAGGCCACCAGCAGCCAAUGUUCUUUGGGGACAAGAAAAGAGCUCCGGCCUGUGCAGCAGGGGAAGAAACUGCUCCCCCCCGCCAUCCCACCACGGCUGCCAGGAAAUUGCAAGGAUGGCUUGGGACACCAGGAGUGGCUCCUCUUGCUUGAAGAGAGACCUGGAAAUCCAGAAUGUGUUUUUGCACCCUGUUCCCUCAGUAAUAAUUCCCAGUUCAGGGCUUAGAGCACUUGCUGUGGGGGUAGCAGGAAAGCAGUUUGUGGGGUGGGCCGAAUGAGGCUUGCUGUGGGGGGGUGUGAACCAUUCAUUAUCUCAGGCCAGCUCUCUGCCUCCAGGGAUUAGUCUUAUUCUGGAUGGCUGAGACUCGCCAUUUGACCUGGGGUGGGCUUUCGGAGACUGGGCCCUGCUGAGUUGUGGGCCUUGGCUGCUGUUGAGUUGCAGUGCUGGGUGUGGGGUGGGCAGGACUCCCUAUCCAUGGGUGUUUGCAAGGGGAGGACAAAGGCUGCUUCUUUUCACUAACAUCCGAUGUGUGCAAAGCUGCGCCAGGACCUUUGCCCUGACCUGGAUUUGCUGCGCUCCUUUUUGGCUUUUGAUGCAGGAUCAGGUCAGUGCAGUGAGAGCAGAAUCUUGCACUGCAGGAAGAGGAAAAAGGUGGAAGCUGUGCAGGAGGCUUGGCCCCCAGUGGCUGCACACCCAAGGCCCAAACUGCAGAGUUUAACAGUUAGACUGGCUGGGACUUCUUGAAGACCCCUCCCCGCCCCAUGGCAGGAGACCCUUGCCAGGGUCCCACAAUUCUGUGGUGCCUUUAGCAUGAGCUAAUGAUCAAUAAUCUUUUUGAGCCUGCAGAGUAUUCAGUGUUGCAGGCAAAGUUAGUAAAUGUGCCACGCUUAAUGUGCUGCUUCCCUGACUCAAGCAACAGCAACCAGCUGCCUGGUUCUUGUCAUCCGGGUGGUCAUAAAGGCCAGGGAGUCCAACUCUAGGGCCUAGGCAUAAUUUGUACUGCUUUAUGUAAAAUCACUGCUUUGAGAGUGUAGUUGAACAGCAUCUAGAGGACCACAGAGCCAUUCCUCCCCCUUGCUCCAAUUAGUUCUUACUGGAGGUUUUUUGUUUUUUUAAAAUAUUUUAUUAAGGAUUUUCUUGUUUUACAGAAGUGUAGUGCCUCGUGUAUUUUUUUUCAUGUAACAUUUUUACAAAUCCGUUUCAUUUGUUGAGGCAUUAGGGGGAGAAGAAAAAAGAAAGAAAAAAGAAAGGGGGGUGGAGAGAGGGAAGAUGGAUGGGGGCGGGGGCGGGUGGUGGUGUUUCUAUUAUGUUUAAUGUAUGUAGAGUUUGGUGUCAGCGUUGCUUGUGUUGUUCACUUGUGUUCCUUUGGUGGUGAGAGAGGUUGGGGUUGGCCCAGGGUGUGGUUGUUUGUUUGUGAUUGGCUGUGGUGGUCUUUGUUUUCGUGUGUGAGUGAGGUGGGUGGGUGUUUUGGAUCAGGUUAGCCAUAUUGAUUUGUAUGCUGUUGGUGGAUUAUUGUCAUUGUCCUGUUGGGCUGUGUAUGUGAUAAUGGGAGCCAUACCGGGGUGAAGGCGUCUUCUUCUGUUUGUCCCCGUGUCAGUUUCAGUUUAUUAGUUAAUUUUUCUAGUAGGGCUGUUUCCCAUACUAUUUGGUACCAUUGGUCCAUGCUUACUCCUGACAGGUCUCUCCAGUGUCUGGUUAUGGUGUUUCUGGCUGCUGAAAGUAGGUGGGUUAUGAGUUCUUUGUGGUGUAAAUGGGCAUUGUUGUCUUGGAAGAUGUUUAGUAGGGCCAAUUCUGGGGUGAUGUCUAUUACUUGCUUAGUUAUUUUACAUAUUUCUUGUAUGGCUGUUGUCCAGAAUAGUUGGAUUUUGGGACACUCCCACCACAUGUGGAGGUAUGUGCCUGUGGAGGUGCACCCUCUCCAGCAUUUUGGUGAGGUUCUGGGCGUAUUAGCGCUAGUUUUCUUGGUGUUAGGUACCACCAGCAGGUGAGUUUCAGUGUGAGUUCUUUUCUUUUCGUUGAUAUGGAUUUAAAGGGGGGUUUAGACCACAUUCUGGUCCAUUGAGUGGGGUUAAUCUCAUAGCCUAUGUCAUUCUCCCAUUGUUUUUUGAUUGCGUCUAGGGGAUUUGCGGGAUUUUGGAGUAGUAUUUUGUAUAUUGCGGAUACUGUCCCUUUACCGUUUCCCUUUGUUGUUAGGAGGAGGUUUUCGAAGGUUGUCAGGGGCCUAGUUGCUGCUGAUUUUACUGUUGGGUUGUUUAAGAGGGCAUGUAGUUGGUGUUGUGUUAACCAGGGCAUUUGGGUGUCUUCUAGUUUGUCUUGUAUUUCUUGUGUUGACAAGGGUUUGUUAUUUUUAUAAAAGUCUAUUAGGCGAUAUAAGCCUUUGGUUCGCCAGGUUUUUAUCUUGAGGUUUUGUGCUGCAUGGUGGAAUAAUGGGUGGUACGCCAGAGGAUUAGUGGGGAUGGGGUUGGAGAUAGUUUGCCUAUUUGUGUUUUCCAUGCUUUGAGCAUGGUCUGUGUGUACCUGUUAAGUGUUGUGGGAAUUUUCUUUAGUUUGUUUGGGAGGAGUGGGUAUGUUGUGGUGCAGGUGUUUUCAAUUGUGUCCCUCUCUAGGUGUACCCAUUGUUUUGUCUCAUCUUCUAGUAUAUAUGGGAUUAUGUGGCGUAUUUGGUUGACAUUGUAAUAUGCUUCUAUGUUGGGGAUUCCCCAUCCUUCUUCUGAGGUGGGGAGGUGCAGGUAUUUGGGGCUUAUUCUUGGUUUUUUAUGUGAGAAGAUGAAAGAGUGUAGUUUUCUCUGCCAACUGCGAAGUUGGGUUGAGGGGAUCCAGAUUGGGAGGGUUUGGAAUAGGUAGGUUAGUUUUGGGAGUGUGAUCAUUUUGAUCAUGGCUAUUUUGUCUGAGAGAGUGAAGUUCAUGUUAUUCCAUCUCUUUAGGUCUUUGUUAAUUUGUCGCCACAGAGGCUUGUAGUUGUGGAGGUACAAUUUAUUGAGGUUUCUGGUUAUUUGUACCCCUAGGUAUCUGAACUUGGUGUGGCAAAGUUUUAUUUUGGUGACCUUCGUGAGUUCUUUUUGGGUGUGAGGAGGGGUGUUGAAGCACAUAGCUUCUGACUUUGUAAAAUUUACCUGUAGGCCCGACACCAUUGCAAAUGUGUUGAGUUCUCUGAUUAGGGAGGUUGCUGUGCUUAUGGGGUCUGGUGUUGUGACCAUUAGGUCAUCUGCAAAGAGCCCUAAUUUAUAGGUUCUGCCUUUUAUUUCCACUCCCUUGAUGUCUGUGGCUGCUCGGAUGCGGAUUGCUAGGGGUUCCAGAGCCAGGAUAAAUAAGAAGGGAGACAGUGGGCAUCCUUGUUUCGUGCCUCUUUGGAUAGCUAUAGUGUUAGAAUCCAUAUUGUUAGUUCUGCAUUUUGCUGAGGCUUGGGAGUAUAUUUGUUUGAGGAUUUGUAGGAAGUUGGGGCCAAAUUUCAUGUUAGUUAGUACUGCUAAUGUGUAUUUCCACUCAAAGCAAUCAAAGGCUUUGAGGAUGUCUAGGGACAUAAUUGUCAAUGGGAGUUUGGUUGCCUUGCUGUGUUCGAUCAGGUUCAGUAGUUUCCUGAUGGGGUCUGUUAUAUUGCGGCCAGGGACAAAGCCAGUCUGGUCUGGGGCUAUUAACUUGUGUAGGAAGAUUUUUAGGCGGUUGGCCAAGAUUGAUGUGAAUAUCUUGUAGUCUUGGUUUAUUAAUGAGAUUGUGCGGUAUGAUUCUACUUUGAGACUGUCUUUUAGUGGUUUUGGGAUGGAGACUAUCUUGGAGUGGGUCCAGGUUUUGGGGAUGGGGCCCCCUUUUAUGAUGUCGUUGAAUAGGCGGGUCAUGUAGGGCAUCAAGGGUUCUUUGAAUUUCUUAUAGAAUUCUGCUGUGAAGCCGUCUGGGCCUGGGGCUUUGUGUGGUUUCAGGUUUUUGAGGACCGCAUCUAUUUCCUCUGGGGUGAUAGGGCUGUCCAUGAAUUCCUGUUCCUCAUCAGUUAGGGUAGGCAUGGUCAGUCCUGCUAGAAAUAUUCUGAUUUCCUUCUCUGGUGGGUUAUGGGAGGUGUAUAGGUUGGAGUAGAAUUCUGCAAAUUCUGAGGUUAUUUCUUCGGGGGAGAAUGUUAUGUUGCCGUCUUUUUUGGUGAUGCAGUGUAUUCUUGUUUUGAGUGCUUUUUCCUACAUCUAUUUGCUAGUAAUCUGGAGUUUUUCCCUCCAUGUUCGUAGAAACGUUGUUUAGAGUAUAGAAUGUUGAUCAUUGUUUUGUUAAUUUCUAGGGAGUCUAGUUCUCUCCUUUUUUGUUCUAUAAAUUUGAGGAGUUUUUUAGAUCCUGUUUGUUUGUAGUGUGAUGAGAGGGCUGUGAUAUCUUGUUCUAUUUUGCUAAUUUUUGAGGAGGUUUGUUUUUUAAGGAAUGUUUUAUCUUUUAUGCAAGCUCCUCUGGUGACCGCUUUCAUUGCGUCCCAUAGGAGGGGGGUUGUUAUAUUGUUUACAUCGUUUUCUUUGAAGUAGUUUUGGAGGGUUUUUGUGAGACUCUCUCUAAUUUGUUUGUUUGUAGUUAGGAUGGGACUGAAGGACCAUGAUGGGGUGGUUUGUGUUCCUUCUCCUAUUUUAACAAUGACUUCUACUGGGGCGUGGUCUGUGAUUUUAAUGUUACCUAUGUUUGUUGAUUCUACUGAGGGGAUCAGACCCUGUGUGAGUAGAAUGCUGUCCAGUCUGGACACUGUAUCAUGGCGUCCCGAUUGGAAUGUAUGGCUGAUGUCUCCCGGGUUUUGCUCACCCCAAAUGUCGUAGAGACCCCUUUUUUUAAGCAUUUUUAGUAACUUGUAAGAGUUCCUGGUUGUUGGGGGUUUCCUUCGGAGGAAGGUUGCCCAUGGGGUUGUGGGGUGGAUAUCUUUCAGGGAUAUACCUUUCAUAUUUAGAUUGAGGUCCCCUCCUAGGAUUGCUUCCCCUUCAGAGAAGGAGAGGAAUUUGUUUAGUGUCUUCUGGAAGAAUUCUAAUUGUUUCGUGUUUGGGGCAUAUAUGGAGCCGAUUGUCAGUUUGAUUUUGCCAUCUAGUGUCCCUUUAGCGAAAAUGAAUCUGCCUUUUUGUCCUUGAGGACUGUUGUGGCAGUGAAGUUCAGGUCUCUACUGAGUAUUAUGGCUACACCACGAGCUUUCCCUGAGCCUCGUGCGACCCACUGUUGACUGAAGCGGGGGGUCGCUCAGGAGUUUGCUGCCUUUGGGUGGGUUGUGUAUUUCUUGUAGGAAGGUGAUGUGUGGUUUCAUGGUGUUUAUGUAUGAGGUGAUGCGUUUUCUUUUGAUGGGGUUUCCCAGCCCCCUCACGUUUAAUGUAAUUGCUUUUAGGUUAGCCAUCUUGCUUAUCUAUUAUGUGGGGCGAUUCCCUGCCAACCCGUUCGGGUUGUCUUGUGUCUCUCUCUUCGUGUUGUUUAAAGAACCAGUGGGGUUGCGCUGACCUAGGGUGUGGUGGGUGGGGGGCUAAUGGGAUUAGAGUAAGAUUUGGGUUAAAGAGUAGGGGGUAAGUUGUAGAGAGUUUCCUAUAUGUAGUCAUAUAGGUGUUUGUUUGGGGUAUUUUGGGCCAUCUGGCAUUUAGCCAGUUGGUCCUAGGUCUCAGCUGGUGUGGAAGGCCGUGUUCAAGGACAGGCCAUCCCCCCUGUUGUUUGCGAUAGGGGGUGAUCAGUGAGACAGUGUGAAGUGACUUUGUAACGUCGCUGUCAGGUAUAAGGUUCAUAAGCAAUGUUGCCAAUGUUAUGAGCAACAUUGUUGGUGUGUUGGGGUGGGGAUGUGGGUGCUGGUACGCUCUGGUGCCACCAUAGUGCUGGUUGGGUAUCAGAUUUUAGCCUGAUUGUGGGUUGUGUUAUUCAGGUUGGAGGAGUUGUUUUUCCCUAGUAUGGAGUAUGGGGAUGUUGAAGGUGUGGGUGAUGGGGAAUGUGGUUGAGGUCGUCUGGACUGGUGUUGGGGUGGGGAUUCCUGUGGGGGUGCGGGGCUGGGGGGAUGUUGAUGGUGUUAACUAAAUCUAUGUUUUUUUGGGGGGGGAGAGGGGGAAAGGGGGGGGGAAAUCACCAGUCCUUCAGUUUGUGGUUUUUCCUGGUUGCUUCAUUCAGCUGGGGUUGUUGUUGUUGUUGUAGGGUUGUCCAUCUGCGAUGAAUUGGUUUGGUUAAUCUUGGUCUGGUUUCUUGCGUCGUAUGGCCGGCGGGACGGUUCUGAGCAUGAUGCUUGCCUGUAUUGGUUUGCCUUGUUGUGCCGCUUCUGUUGUUUCUUUUUCUUCUGUACCGUCGUCCAGUUGUUUGCUGUUGUUUCCUCGUGGUUGGGGCUGUCACUUGGUGGGUUUGUCGGUUGCCAUUCCGGUGGGAGGUCGAGUUCAAGGUUCUUUAGUAUUUGCAGGGCCUCAGGUAUGUUGGUAGCCAUGUGCUGUGUUGUAUUGGUUGUUACAAUGAGGCGGAAGGGGAAGCCCCAUCGGUAUUUGAUCCCUGCUUGUUGGAGACGCUGGGUGCAUGGGCGCAGGCUUUUCCUCCGGUUUAGGGUAUCCUGAGAUAGGUCCUGUAAGGCCAGAAUGGGGGUUUCUCCAUAUCGAAGGUUGGUUGAGUUUCUGAGGUGGUUCCAUACCUCUUCCUUCUUUUUGUAGCGUGUGAAGCAUACAAUGAUGUCUCUUGGGGGGGCGCUGGGUUUUGGCAUCGGUUUUAGGGCUCUGUGAGCCCUCUCCAAGUCAUCUGCCUCAAGUUUCAGGCUUGGGAUUGUGUUUUUCAGCCAGCGUAUAAUUAGGCCUGCUGGGCUUUUCUCCUCUGUUUUUUCAGGAAAGUUGCGGAAGUGGAUGUUACAACGUCUAUUGCGGUCUUCAAGGUCGGCUUGCUUAAUUUUCAUCUCUCUGUGUUCUGCUUCCAUUUGGUUUACCAGUUCGUCCAGUUUCUUGUUCACACGUGCGUUCUCCUCCCGGUAUUGCUCUAUUAUUCUUUCUUGCAUUUGGUUCUUGUUCUCUAGAGCUUCCACUUUGGAGGUUAGAUUGUUGAUUAGUACCUGCAUGGGAGCCAUUGUGGCCUUCAGUGUUUCUUCUAAUCGUGCUUCUAAUCUUGCUUCCAUUUCCCUCAGAUCUCGUUUCGUUAUUGGGUGGUCAUCAUCUUGAAGGGGAGUUACCAUCUUAGCAUUGUUUGCCAUCUCCCUGGUUGGUGUCAUCUCGGUCUCCCUGAUGGUUUUGGUUUGAGGUUGGCUUGGCGUCCUCUUGGGGUAGGGCGUGUGGUGGUUAGGAGUUGUGGCAGUGGUGAUUCCUGGGUAUUGUUGGGUUGCUGAGCUGAUCAGGCUUUGUUGGCUGGUGGCUUUUACAGAGCGUUUGGAUUAGGUGGUCAUUUGUGUCACUUCUAGCCUGUGUUUUAAGAACUCUAGGGCUUUUGUAGAUGCCUCAGCAGUGCCGCCGAGGCGGGGGGGGGGGCAGGUAAGCAGAGAUGGAUAGACUAACGGACAGACAGUUCAUAUAAAGGGAGGGGGGUUAGCAGGUAGAGAUGCAAGAGAUUAGAGGGGUGGGGCCAGGGGAAAUAUGUGUUUAGGAGGGGGUUGUAUAUGCCCCAAAGGGGUAUUGGGGUCCAGUUAAGGUGGAAGUUGGGGUUGGGAGUGCGCUCAGAAACAGAGACAGACAAAUAGGCUAUAUGUAAAGGGUGGAGGGAGAAAAAAGGGAAGAAGAAGAAGAAAGAAAGAAGAAGGGGGGAGGCAGGGGGAGAGGGAGAGUGGAGUAAACGAGAAGAGAGAGAGCGAGACAAACAGAGAGUUGAAAGAGAGAGGAGAGACAGUACAGUAAUAUCAGCGGUAUUAGAAUGCAGCAGUAGUUUUAGCUAUAGUAUGAGGGGGGCAAAUUAUGAUAGGGUGAUAUGAAUGUGUGUAUGUGUUUCCUUUAGGGGAAGGGGGGAUGGAGAGAGGGAGGAGGGAGAGAAAAGGAGAGGAGGAGGGGGAAGGGUGGGAAAAGGAAGGAGAAGAAAAGAGAGGGGGAGAGGGGAGGGAGGGAGGGUGAGCUGCUGCAAUGGUAUGGGGGAAAGUCUUAUUUUAAAAGAGGGGGUGGGGGGGGAAAGGGCUCGCCUCUCAAAAACAAACUGACGAACAGACUAAAAAGGGGGGGUUGAUUUUAAAAAAUAAAAGGGAUAGAAAACAAAAUUGGGGAUGAAAAAUGAAAGGUGGGAUAAAAGGAAAAAAUGAGGAGGGGUGAAGAGAGAGAGGGGAGAGCAAAAGGAGAGAAAAUAAAAAGGGGGAAGUUGAGGGGAGAGUAUCAAUAGCAAUAGCAGUGAUAUGGAGGAAAUUUUUGUUUUAAAAGAGAGUGGUGGUCGUAGCUGGGGGCGAAAGAUUCCCCCCCUCAAGAACAAGCCAACAAGUAGAAAAGAAAGGGCUUUAAAAAGAGAAAGAGGGGGGAAAUAAUAAUAAUAAUAAUUGUAUGGGGUUUUUUAAAAAUAAUAAUAAUAAUAAUAAUAAUAAUAAUAUUUCCCCCUAAUUAUUGUUAUUAUUUUUUGUUUGUAAAAAAGUAAUUAAAAAUGUACGGGUAAAAGAUAAAAAUGAGAAUUAAAGGUAAAAAAAAAAGGGGUUGUCUUUAGAUAGAUAGAUAGAUAGAUAGAGCUUUUUAUUUUAUUUUAUUUUUAAAAAAUGAGUAAAGUAUAGGUAAAAGAGGAUAGGUAAAAGAGAGUGGAAAGUCUGGGGCUUUCCCAGGAAAUCGUUCUUACUGGAGUUCAUGAAAUUUUGGCAUGUUUGCUUUCUACCUUUGGAGACUUUGCAGUCAAAAGGUGGGUGAUAAAUUUUAUUUUAGUAGUCAAGCAGAGUAUUCCAGAAGGAAAUGGAGCACAGAAGCUGCUGAGCUUGGCUCCCAAAUUCACCCCCUCCUAAGUACAAACCUUUCUGCCCCUUGGACCCCCUCCUUGCAAGUUGAUGGCUCUGUUGGGGCAGGCUCUUCUCCUGACCAGAGGUACCUGCUGAGGCUAUAUCAGCCAUCGCCUAUAUAUGUGUUAUCCAGCACAGAUAACAAUUCUUAGGGAAACUGGCAACAUUUUGUUGCAUUCUGGGAAUGAGAAGCAAACCUCUCUUUAAAGGUGCCAGUAGCCACCUCUAGCUCUGGGUAGGGAGGCCCUUUUGACCCCACAUCCUGGAAGGAUGUGCUUGCCCACAAAGGAAAGUAGCCAUGGGGCUUGGCUGAGUUGGGGAACAUGGCCUGCCAGGGCCAAGAUCUCCGUCCAGGUCUCUCAAAGUGGCCACCUUUGUGCUGCCUGCUUCCAUCACUCCAGAAGUACCAAGGUGGCAUCUGCCUGGAAGGCUUUGUGGUUUUGUGUGUGUGAAGUCUUACAACAAGCGGAAAGGAGAGCGCUCAGUAUCCUACUCUUGGUCAGUAAGGCACAGCUUCUCUGAGAGGCACAUGAGCACACACACACACCCUUCCAUUUAAGCAGCAACUCAGAAGCAGUGUCUUAAAUUGGCUGGGCACUCCUGUCAGAGAGGACCCCACCACUAGCCCUUGCUUAAACCUUCCUCUAUUUCCCCCUUUCUGUAAUGUGGGUCAGGGUUAUGUUACCCCCAUAUUGCAGAGGGAAGGGCUGAACCCACAGCCACCUAGCGACAGAACCAAGAUGAGAACUGGGGGCUUCCUGAUGUAGCAGAGCAGAGAAAAACUUAAGGAAGCAUUUUUGUAAAAAGCACAUGCCUAAUUUGAAGGGCUGUUGUGUCUUUGCAGGUUUUCAAAACCCAGCGACAAGUAGGCCACUGGAAGCCUAGUUCUCCUCCCACCCUACCCUUCAAACAUCCUGAUCAAUAUGGAUCUCUGGUGCCUCAGUGAUGGUUCCAGUUUGAAGCUGCAGAGCUUUCUUAUCAGAGUGGUGGUGGGAAGAAGCAGUGCCUGCAUCCCUCGCUCCCAAAAGGCUUGUCCUGAUUUCAGUCAGCCUUUUCCCAUGGCGCUGUCUCCAAAGCAUAAAUCUGAGGCUGGCUCUUGCAUGGAUUUAUGCAAAUCCUCCUCUAACUUCUCAGUCUGCUGCCUUUGUUCCUUACUGGAUGUUGGCAGACAUUGGCUGCCUCCCCCACCCCACCCCCAAGCAUGGAAAAUAAGCACAGAGUUGUCUUACUUUCCUUUGUUUUUAUAGUGACUGGAUAAAUGAUUGUGAUGCAUAGGAAAAAGAAAGGCACCCUCUCCCUCAUCUGGCUUUAGGGCUCCUCUGUAGGUGGUCAAGCGGAUAAAAGGUUUGGUCAGUUCAGCGGUGAGUGUUUUCAGAAGACAGGUGUUGGAUGCUCAGGCUGGCUUGCAAAGCAAAUUCCUCCUCUCACAUAAGUGGUGGAAGCUGAUUGCAUUUGCUAUCGGGCAAUUUGCACAACCCAGUUAGGGUGGCUAGUGGGGUGCAUGUGGAGAAAGAGGCCCAUGCGCCAAAUACGUCUCCAUGCGCCUGGGCUGGGGGUGGUACGUGAUGAGCAUGCUGGUGGUGCUUCUUCCGCCCUGUGCUCUGGCUGGGCAAAUCCUGCAUGACAGGGAGCUGUCUGCCUGAGAGCCCCUCUGCCUUAACUCAUAAUUCCAUGCAGACUCCAUUUCACAAGCCUGUCCAUGGCUGCUUCAGCCCAUUCGCUCCACGGAGCUCAACCUGCUUUGCUGACCUGGCAACACAUUCCUAUUUUAUGUAUCAGUUCCAGGCAUGAUAAACCUCCCAGGCAGAACAUCUGUUCUCGCCUGCAGCUUGUAGAGUCAUUUGAGGGCUUUGCUAUCUUCCUUUUAGUGAUGCGGGGGGGGGGGGGGCAGCUCACAGACCCGGAGAAUGAUACUUUGUGAUGGCAAAGAGGCAUGUAUCUUUUGUGGGCCAGACGUGGAAGUGUCCUACAUGCAAAACAUCUCUGAUUUCAUUUUUUUAAAAAAACCAAUUCAGAAAUCUUCCCAACACAUCUCUCCUUCCUUCCCUUCUGUCAUCCUGCUUUCCUAAGAUGAAAACUUCCACUUGGAGAAUGCAACAAAAGGUGAGUCUUCCUGUGUGCCAAUCCUGCACUUCCUUCCCUAAAAGGUGUUGAACCUCUCAAAGCGAAAAGUGUGCAACAUCAGAUUUCAAAGGGGACAGGAGGGAGGGAAAUUGGAGGCUUCCAUUGGGUGGAGCUGAAAGGUCUGCCUGGUCCUUGAAUGCCUAUGUUUCUCCAAGCAUCGCCACCUGGGUGUGUUGGAGACAAGUUCAAUGAACUGCCUGAUUUUUAUAUUUUCAGUCAAGGUGGGCGCAGCCAAUGCUCUUCCUCUGACCCAGCAGUUUUUGAUGCUGCCUUUACUUGGCAAAGUCUCUUCUCAUGAUGAUAAGAGGCCAGAAGCCUCCACCAGUUUGUUGUUUCUGCUUAACAACAAGCAGAAAUAAGAGCUCACUACUAUUGCAACCAUUUCAUUUAUCCUGAUGAAAGGGUUACCUAAAACUGGCUUUUGAUUGCAUUGUUUGGAUGAACAAAGCCGAUCUGCAAAUGUUUCUUUCGAUUUUCAUGGAGAAAGCAACUUCUUCGGCGAUCACUCAUAGCCGAGUGAGUCCAUAAGUGACAGUGGAGGCCAAUUCUGGAUCCACAUGUCCUUCUAAAGUGGGGACAUUGGUUUCUGGGUCCGAGUUGAUUACGGUGUGGGUUUGCCAAGCGUGUCUUCUUCUUAGCCUGUUUCUCCCUUUCGUCCUGAAUUCAAGUGUCUUCAAAGUCUAUGACACCUUUGGUAAAGGCUGUUGUCCAACUGGAGCACUCGCAGGCCAGUGUUUCCCAAUUGUCGGUGUUCAUUCUACAUGUUUUAAGAUUUGCCUUGAGUCUUUAAACCUCUUUUGUUGAACACCAGCAUUAUACUUUCCAUUUUUAAGUUCAGAAUAGAGUAGUUGCUUUGGAAGACGAUCAUCAGGCAUCCGCACAACACGGCCAGUCCAACGAAGCUGAUGUUGAAGAAUCAUUGCUUUGAUGCUGGUGAUCUUUGCUUCUUCCAGCACACUGGCAUUAGUUUGCCUGUCUUCGCAAGUGAUGUGUAAAAAAUUUUUGAGACACUGUUGAUGGAAUCUUUCAAGAAGUUGGAGAUGGCGUUUAUAAGUUUCAUGUUUCACUAGCACACAGUAAGGUUGGUAGUACAAUAGCUUUGUUUGUAAAUAAGCAUUUUGGUUUCCCUGCAAAUGUCCCUCAAGCACUCUGCACUUCAAUCAGAAGAAAACUGCACUUGCAGAGCUCUGGCAAUGCUGGAUUUUGGCAUCAGUGUCGGCCCUUGUGGAAAAGUAACUGCCCAGGUAGGAGAAGUGAUUGACGUUUUCCAAUGUUACACCGUUGAGUUGGAUUUCUGGCGCUGCAGAGGGGUUGUUUUGUGCUUGUUGGUGCAGCACUUUGGUUUUUUGGAUAUUGAGCGAUAGGCCAAGCUUUUCAUAAGCGUCUGCAAAGAUAUUUAGGAUGGUCAUCCUCUGAGUGUGCACACACUAUGUUGUCAUCAGCAUAUUGAAGCUCUAUGACAGAAGUUAUGGUAACCUUACUCUUUGCUUUCAGCCUACUCAAGAGCUUUCCAUCUGUUUGAUAUAUGAUUUCUACCCCAGUGAGGAGUUUCCCUUCAACAAUGUGUAGGAUCAUGGCAAUGAAGAUAAAAAAUAAAGUUGGGGCAAUAAUACAACCCUGUUUAACACUUGAUCUCACUGUGAAUUGUUCACUGAGAGCCAUUGUUAUCUUCAGUUGUUGCUGUCAUAUUAUCAUGGAGAAGCUGAAAGAUGUUCACAAAUUUAUCUGGGCAGCCGAUUUUCAGCCGGGCACGCAUGGGCUGGAUCCAGGCUUGCAGGGUCUGCUCUGCAGUUUAAUCUUUCUUUGCCUCACUGUGGGCAACAGAAGGAUUUUAAACUGACCAAGCAAGAGUCACAGACUCCUGAUUUUCUAACAGUUACAGCAUCAUUGCUCAUCCAGAACACCUGCCCUUUUGCUUGGAUGAAUUUGGGGCUGCUUGAUCUGUAAAUUGUUUUUUCAGCAAGGCUGGUUUUGUUUGGAAUAAUAGGUUUGGGUUGGUUUCCAUGACCUGUUUGUACCUGGAUAUGAUCAUAGAGAAAGCUGACUGCAUGGGAUUUGGGUCUGGUGUGAGACUGGCCUUCUGUGAAUCUAGGGUGGUAUAUCGGUGAGGGGUGGGGGUGUAAUUGCAUGGCAUUUGCCUUGUAAGUAUCCCAGGGGACAGCAGGCACUCAAAUGGGCCAUCCACAGAAACUUGUUGGUCACAGAGUGAUGCACCAGGUAAAAAUGCCUGCCUCUUCCUUCUACCCACCCAGUGCUCACCUGGUGGGAGAAGGUGCCUGUUGCUCUAUCAUCACAGACCCACAACCCCUGGUUGCUAAGCAACUCUGACACCUCUGGACCUUUUGCUGCCAGCGUAAUUUAAUUCUCUUCCUCCUCCAUUUCUAAAUCAGAAAGGGGAGGGGAAGCAUCUCUCCAUCAAAAUGAAGAUACCAUCUAUGCUCACUAGACCAGCCUAUUUCUGCAGUCAGGCUCAGCUGUGAGCGAAUGCAACAAAGGCCUUCUGAGCAUGUGCAUGUUUGGGGUUCUAGGACAAAGGGUUGGGGUGGAGAGCAUCAACCCCCGGCAUCUCUAGGUAGGGCUGAGAAUGUUUCCAGCAUUGGCUGCAGCUCCAGCACAUCUCAUUCUGGAAACGGUUUUUUGUUUUUUGUUUACUUUUGACAAAAAAAAGGUGAGAGUUGUGUAAAAUUAGGCAGAUGGGGUUUCUGAGAGGGGGUUUCUCCAAACCCCACCUGGAGGUGCUGUUGGGGAUUGAACCCAGGACCUUCUGCAUACAAAGCAGGUGACCUGCUUCUGAACCAGACUCUUCCCUAAGGGAUAGGGUUGGCCUAGGGAUCUGUGCUGAGCAAGAAGGUUGCUGCAGCUGCCACGAGUUGCCAGUUGUUCCCUGUCUAUCAGCGGGAGGAAGAGGUGGCAGGGAUCUCCAUAGCUCUGCUUCCUGGUUGUGGCUUGGUGUGGUUUCCAAGGCACCCUCUUGUGGUGGUUGUUAUUAAGCACUGGGGGACUUCAGAUAGAAAGCCAGUGUGCAUUGGUUGCUCUCCUGAAGCAAGAGGAGCCUUAAUAACAGCUGGGUAAUGAGGUUAUCAGAAACCGCAGCAGAUGUGUCAGAGGAGCUCCCCCGCCCUGCUUGGUUUCCAGAGCAAAUCACCCCCAGGGUGCUUCCCUCAUUAGCCAGAAAGGGACUGGCAAUCUAUUUUGGAAGGGAAGCCCGGGGCAGAGAGACCCACUUAAUUUGUCAGUUGCUGGAUUUCUCUGCCGGAAUCUGCCGUCUGAUGCUGUAGCCUGGCCACAGAAUCAAAGGCCCAGGCGUGAGGUGUCACAGGAAGAUGCCUCUCUCUUUGUGCCCCAGAGCAGCUCUGAAGCUCCUUCAAUCCCUGCCAGGUUCUCUCCUGGCCACUCAGACCCACUGGAAAUCUGACUGGAAAUGGGGCACAUCAUUCAGUGUGUUAUAAAGAAGCAAUUGAUAUCCUGGGCUCAGAACUUAAAAAAGUAUUUAAUAAUAUCUUUGAAGGGGGGAAAGCCCCAGACACUUGGAAACUAGCGGAAAUAGUAGUGAUUGAAAAACUGCAAAAGGACCCUACAGAGGUCAUACAGACCAAUUAGCCUAUUAAAUCAAGACUAUAAGAUAUUUACAAAGAUCCUGGCAAGGCGACUGGAAAAGGUACUACCUAAAAUAAUUAAGGAAGAUCAAUAUGGAUUUGUUAAGGGAAGAUACAUAGGCCAUCCUAUAAGAAAUGUGUUAAACGAAUUAACAAGCAGGUUAAAAGGAAAAUUGGUGGUCUUAAAAUUGGAUUUGUAUAAGGCCUUCUUAUGGAAUAUUAUGCGGGAGGUAGGAUUAGGAGAGAACUUUGUGGAAGCAAUCCAGGAAUUGUUUAGAGAAGGGAAGGCUGUGGUCAGAGUGAAUGAGGGGGUUUCAGAUCAAUUCAAUAUACAAAGAGGAGUUAAACAAGGAUGUUCACUCUCACCACUACUGUUUGCAUUGGGUAUGGAGUACUUGGCAGAUAGAAUACGAAACUCAGUAAGGAUAAAAGGAUAUAAGAAAGGAAAGGAAGAAAUAAAGUUAAAUAUGUAUGUAGAUGAUAUCUUAUUAUUAUUUACAAACCCCUUAGAGGGUGUAAGAGAAUUUAUGAUAAUCUUGAAGGACUUUAAAGAGGAGUCGGGAUUGGGAGUAAAUCUGGAGAACUCUUAAAUUUUAUUUUGGGAUGUAAAUAAAGAGGAGAAGAAGGAAAUUGCAAAAAUGACAAAGAUGGAUAUCAAUAGGAAAAAAAUUAAAUACUUGGGGGUAAAUAUUAUUAAAAAUAUUGCUAAGAUUCCAGAUGUAAAUUACAAAGAAGCGUGGAGGAAGAUCAAGAAGGACAUAAAAUCAUGGGAAAAUAAGAAUUUAUCAAUUCUAGGUAGGAUUAGAGCAGUUAAAAUCUUUCUGGUACUGAAAUUUUUAUAUUUAUUUCAAGUAAUUACACUGCCCAUUAGGAAAAUAUGGUUCAAAACAUGGAAUAAGGUAUUUAAAAAUUGGAUUUUUGGAAGCAAAAGAGUUAGAACCCCAGACAUAGUAAAUUAUUCAUCUCAAGAAGAGAUGGGAUGGGGAAUACCGAACUUAGAAUUUUAUUAUGAAACAUUCCAAUUGAAAAAUCUAAUAGAUAUUGGAUAUAAGGAUCGGAUUAAAUGGAUAAGGCUGGAGAAUGAAAUAAAUGAAGGAAUAGGAAGAGAAGGGAUAUUUAAUAGAGAUAUUAAUACGGCUUUUAAGAAGAAAAUAGGACCAAGGAAAACUGCGUUAGGAAUUUGGAAGAAUUGGAAAACAAAAUGGAUGCCAACAUACUCAAGGUGGACACCAUUAAAAUAUAUGCAGGAGAGUCAAAGGGAACCGGGUUGGUGGAAGAAAUUAGAAGAUCAGGGAUUUUAUAAAUUAAAAGAUAUGUUUGAUGAAGAAGGGAAUUUAAUUACAAAAAAAGUUUUUUUAGAAAAAAUAGGAAAACAAUAUUGGCUGAAAGUGCAAGGACUUUAUGAUUUAAUAAAAACGGAAAGAAUAGAGGAAACGAUGAGGACAGAAAUGAAAAUAGAUAUGGUGCUGAAUAAAAGACAAAUAACGGAGAAAGGGAUAGCAGGGGUGUUAUAUAAACUGAUGAUAAGCGACAAAGAAAGAAUGAUAAGGAUAAUCCAGAUUAAAUGGGAGCAGGAAGGUACGAUCCUUCCAAACACGGCUCAAGAACUGAUGAAGAAUAUAAACAAUAUUAAAAUAGAAAAGUAUAAAGAAUUAAGUAGAAAUUUUUUAUUAAAAUGGUAUAGAACUCCGGCACAAAUGGCGUAUAUAGUGAAAGGGUUUAGUCCCAAAUGCUGGCAUUGUGGUCAGGAAAAAGGACUAUACUGUAUUCACACAUGUGGAAUAUUGGCAAAAGGUUAUAAAGGUAAUUUCUGGACUAUUUCAAAUAAACAUAGAAGUUAAUAGGGAUUUGUUAUUUUCAGGAAUACUGGGAAAUAACAAAGUAAAGAGUAAUAAGCAAGAGUUGUACAAGAUUAUGAUUCUAGCUGGAAUGGCAGUUAUUGCUUUGGGAUGGAAAGAAAAGGCCAAAUGGAAUAUGGAAAAAUGGAAUGAUUAUGUUUUUGAAUACGUACAGUCAGAAAUAUUCGCACAGAUAGUGGUAGAGGAUAGAUGGGAAAGUAAAUGCCAAAGAAUCACAAAUAAAUGGGCAUUUUACAGGAACUGGAUAGAAAGAGGGGAAGCCAACCCUAACAUACAAGCUCGAAUGAACAGACUGUGUACAAGGAUAAAGAUAUGAAGAAGGAAGGCCUGACAGGGUGGGGAGGGCUGGAGUGGGAAGGGAGGGGAAAGAAAAACGAAAAGAAAAAAAGAAAAAGUAAACCGGAUGGUAUUUUGAAUUGAUUUUGUUAUGUAAGCCUUUUUUUCAGAAACCAUAUAUAUUAAUGUUAUGUAGUUAGGCAUUGUAGUAUGAAUGAAUUUUGUUCUGCAUUCUUUGUUUUAUAGAAUAUAUAUAAUAAUGAUAUGUUACUAAGCAAAUUUAAUAAAACAGAAAGAAGAAAAAAAAAUCAUUCAGCGUGUUAGGGGUGUCCUGUUCAAACAUUCCCUGUCCACAAGGAUGUUUUCCUCACUUUGUAGUCUGUUAUUGUGGUCUUGGACCCUCUCAUCUCCCCUUGACUUUUGCUCAUGGGAGGAGGGAGAAGGAACAUGACUUGCUGAGGCUGGCUGGGAUGGGAGCGGGGAGACAGCCUCCAAGACUGUGAGCCUCAGUGCCUGUGGCCAAGGAUGGCUUGGCUGUUCUUUGGUGGCUCUUUGCCAUUCCCCCAAGGAGUCUGCACUCCACUUGGUGUGACGCUGCUUUGGCUUUCUGGGCAUCAAAAACACAUGCACAUGGAUAUCCACCUUGUGACCUCACACAGCUGAAGUUUCCGGCUUGUUUCUCUACAGUCAUGAGGGCUGGGAAAUUGGUGAAUUUCUAAAUGUUCUUUGUGAAAUGCAAACGCUGAGUUUCUCAAGGUGCUAAAUUCUGGUCCAGGCCCCAGACAAAGCACAGUGGGUGAUGACAAUAAUGGUAUUUGUACAUUGGACUCUUCCCUGUUCCCAAAGAUUCAAGCAUGCACGGCUGUGCCUAGGUGGACACUUGCUCCCUGCUCUGCACACGUUGCAAGAGCUGCUUAUUCUCUCUGCCGAAGAACCUGCUGGGCUCCCUUCCAAUGGUCUCCAUUACAAGGAGAGCGUAAUGAGGGACCUCUCUGCCUUCCCUCUGUCCUGCCAUGUGCCAAGUUCUGGUGUCUGCAUAAUGGAUGAACUGCCGUAACUCUACUCCAGCUUCCGCCAUCACCACUUCAGCCAAGAGUUUGUUGGCACACCAAGGUGAGGUGUUGGGAGAGAUCCACCCUUCAAUUUCUUCCCUUCCAGACUCAGCAGAAACAGAAGGCAACUAUUUAUCGUAGGACCCCUCCUAGCCAUCACUGCCUUGCUCUGAGUUCCUGGUCUCCUAUGCACAGUGGGCUUUGUGGGGCGGGGCUCUAGGGGGCAAGUGCUGAUGUUUGCAAGGCCACCUCAGGCUGCAGCCAAGCCCAGCAUUUCAGGGUUACAAAUGAGGGAGCCUUCCCUUGCCUGGCCUUGUCAAUCUGUCUCUCCUCCUUGCUGCUGCUUCAGCUAAAGUGCUUGAGAUGACAGAUCUUUAUGAUUCAUUCCCCUGACCUGCCACUGCUUCUGGUUUUAGUGCUGAUCCCUCCUGAAAUGUGUCUCUUUAGAAGACGUCACCUACUCUGUGUAUAUUCAUUGCAAUAAACUGUUAAAUUUCUACUGCUGUAGAGUUCAGAUCUAAUGUGCAAGCAGCCAGUGUAGCAGAUGGCCAGCAUCAAGUUGGCAAAGGUGUGUGUGAUGGGGAGAGACCUAAGAAGUGCUGCAAGAUGACUGCUCUUGAGGGGCCUGUGGCAUCCCUUCAAGGAAUGUGUCCCACCACAUUUGACUGGAAAGGAUCAUCGACCCAUCAGUGGUCCGGACCAUAUGGGGAGCAGCUGCUGUUUGGGCCUCCCAGGAACUGGGGCUCAAUUUCCCAUCAAAAUGAUUUCCCUGGGUUUGUCACAGCAUGAGAACAAGGUGCUACAAGGCAGGAGGGAUGUCAGACAUCCAGAAUACAAAGCUGUCUUGUGUGGAGGCCCCUGCCAGGCCAGAGCAGCCCACAGCUACAUCCUCGGUGCUUCUGCCCCAGGCACCUGCCAUGCUUGGACCCAGCUUCCAUGUUUCUGGCAGUAAAUGGAGAAAAGUGGUCCAGGAUGAGGAAGAAGCACUGAUGUCUGAGCUAAGUUCUGGGUCACCCCAGAGGAAUCCUGUGUUUCGCUUUGCACAGCCAUGGAACAGCUACAUGAAGAAGCAAUGGCUCAGUUUUCUUUUCUGAAACAAUCUCCAGGCCGUGCCCAUUAAUUUCAAUGGGCCUACUCAGAGUAGGACUAACACUAUACAUUUAGCAUUAAGAGCCUGACAAUCGGAAUCCCCCGUUCCUUCCACUCCUGACUCCAUGAAACUUUCUUAUUUUCAGCAGCACAAUCUGGAACGUGUGUGUUGCGAACCGUUCCUCUUGUUCAACAAGUGGGAGUCGUCCUAACCUACUCCAAAAUCACCCGGUAAAUCCAGACCGCCCAGCCCCUGCUCACAAACGCAGAGUCCAUAUUACAGGGGGUGUGUGUGACACUUCUGGGGCACAAGAACGUCGGAAGCGCUUACGGGAUCAGGCCAAAGAGGGGUCACCUGGUCCAGCAUCCUGUUCUCAUAGGGGCCAACCAGAUGCUCGCAAGGGAAUCCCUCCUGUGGUUUCCAGCAAAUGGUGUUUGGAAGUUUUGCUGCCUCAAACUGUGGAUGUAGGGCAGAGACAACUGUGGCAAGAAGCCCUCGAUAACCCUCUUUCCCCUCCCUGAAUUUAUCCAUCCAGAUUGGUGGCUAUCGCUGCCUCCUGUGGGAGGGAGUUAGUGCCAGAGUUUAACUCUGAGCUGCCUGCUCCGCGGGGGGCGUGGCGUGGAUCUGUACCGUUCGCCGCUUUGAUCCGGCGCCUUUUGCGGAGAGCACAAGACGGGCACGUCGCCUUGCGGGAGCCGAGGAGAGGCACCUGGUUCAGUCCCGCGGGGCGCGCUUCUCUUGCGAGCCCCCCCAGCCCCCUCCCGCUGCCCCCGCCGCGCUUCUCCGCCCCCGCCCCUUCUCCUCGCUGUCAGCAGCCGUCUGUGUCUGAUUCGAGAGGAGAACCGAGGCGAGGCGAGGCGAGGCGGCUGCAGCCAGCGACCCCGGACCCGCCUGCAGAAGCAACCCCCUCCGCCGCCCGCCCCGGGGCUACCAGAGGCCCCCUCGGCGUCGGCUGGGGACAGAGAGCGCGCCUGCUCUUCCGUGCGUGCCGCUGCCCCGUUGGAAGGGCGGCGGCGGAGCGGCAAGCCGGGGUGCGCGCCAUGAGCCCCUGCCUUGGGGUUCAGGGGCCAGUGGUGGAACCAGGGAGCGGCCCCCGCCCCAGGGCCUGGCCGCGAACCCCCCGCGGAUGCCCGGCAGGAGCUAAGGUGAGCGGAUGCGAGGCGGCGGACCCACAGGUGGUGCGGCGCUUUCCCCGGGUUGCUGGGCGCGGGAAGAGGCUGCGCUCCUGGCCGCAGGUCCGAGGCCCGGCUGCUGCCCGCCUCUCGCGGCCGGAGGGAGUUGCGCUGCCGCCGCCGGCGCCCGCCCGCCCGCAAGGAGCCAGCCACUCGCUGCCCGCCAGGCUCCUCUCUGGCCGGCCUGCCAGCUGGGCUCAUCCUCCUUGCCAGCGCAGGCGGCGGGCUCUGCUCCCGGGGGACCUUCCGACGGGGACCCGCAAAGGAGCGCAGCAAAGGGGCACAAGCAAAGGGCACGUCCCGGCGCCGUGGUCGGGCCCUUCGCUCCGCUGCCGCUCGCCUUCGCCUUUCACAACAGCCCCGCAGGGGAGCCCAGGCUGCGAGGUCAACCCAGCGAGAACUCUCCGAGGCUUCUCUCGGGCCCCGGACCAGCCCUCCAGCGCCGCCACGGCCGGUCUCUGGAGUCCGUUGCCAGGCCACGGAGGGCCAGCAGCCAAGCCUGACAAGCGCAGAAGAUAGAGGCUGGGGGGGGGGGGCACGGCGUUUGGCCCCCUCCCUCCGCCCCGGGAUCAGGAGCAGCCUGGCCGAAGGCAGGCGGACCGUCCCCCUCUUUUAGCUUUUAAUCAGCGGAGGCUUUGCAAAGAAUCCCCGCCGCCCGCAAAGCCCCUUCCCAGAGCAGCCGGCCUCCUAAUUCAAUUCUCUCGCCUUGUUUAGCCGUAAUGUGAGCUGCGGAAUGUCCUACCCAAAGAAAGGGGGACGCGGUUGCUUUUUCCAUUAAAUAUGACCCAGGGAGGUAUUUGUGGUGUGUCAAAAAGAAGGCUAAGGAGACAGAGAGGGAGUGGAGGGAGCUAGAGACAGGACGCCCCCGAAGAGUUGGAGCUGUCAAUGGGGUGCUGCCUCAUUGUGUGCAUGAGAGGAGGAGGCAGCUGGAGGGGACAGGAGCCCGUCCCCAGUUUGGGCGGGGGAGGGGGCUUUCCAGGGAGCCCAAGGGCCUGGCUGGGGCUCUGCUCUGAGGCUUCCCAGUGGGGAAAGGAGCAGACUUGAGCGCUUGGACAAAGGAAAGUUUGCUGCUCCAGGAAGCAGCCUGGCUCCAUCUCCCUGCUUCUGGUUUUCUUUUUCACUGCUUUGCUCAGCUGUAUGACAAAUGGAACAAAUAAGCUAAAUACUUUUUAAUGGGACCCGAGGGCACCAUUAAGAAGAGUGUGUGUUACAGUGACAGAGGAGGAAUUUGAGAAGGAAACUGCUAGCAAUAUAAAACCAAAUAAUUAAAAGAAACAUUAAAUACAUAAGAAGCAACAGUACUCUAAAAUGGCAGCGGAGGAGGAGCUGCAGGGGAAGCAAAGCAAAUUCCGUACAUAGAAUCAUAGAGUUGGAAGAGACCACAAGGGCCAUCGAGUCCAACCCCCUGCCAAGCAGGAAACACCAUCAGAGCACUCCUGACAUAUGGUUGUCAAGCCUCUGCUUAAAGACCUCCAAAGAAGGAGACUCCACCACACUCCUUGGCAGCAAAUUCCACUGUCAAACAGCUCUUACUGUCAGGAAGUUCUUCCUAAUGUUUAGGUGGAAUCUUCUUUCUUGUAGUUUGGAUCCAUUGCUCCGUGUCCGCUUCUCUGGAGCAGCAGAAAACAACCUUUCUCCCUCCUCUAUGUGACAUCCUUUUAUAUAUUUGAACAUGGCUAUCAUGUCGCCCCUUAACCUCCUCUUCUCCAGGCUAAACAUGCCCAGCUCCCUUAGCCGUUCCUCAUAAGGCAUCGUUUCCAGGCCUUUGACCAUUUUGGUUGCCCUCCUCUGGACCCGUUCCAGUUUGUCAGUGUCCUUCUUGAACUGUGGUGCCCAGAACUGGACACAGUACUCCAGGUGAGGUCUGACCAGAGCAGAAUACAGUGGCACUAUUACUUCCCUUGAUCUAGAUGCUAUACUCCUAUUGAUGCAGCCCAGAAUUGCAUUGGCUUUUUAGCUGCCGUGUCACACUGUUGGCUCAUGUCAAGUUUGUGGUCAACCAAGACUCCUAGAUCCUUUUCACAUGUACUGCUCUCAAGCCAGGUGUCACCCAUCUUGUAUUUGUGCCUCUCCUUUUUUUGCCCAAGUGCAAUACUUUACAUUUCUCCCUGUUAAAAUUCAUCUUGUUUGUUUUGGCCCAGUUCUCUAAUCUGUCAAGGUCGUUUUGAAGUGUGAUCCUGUCCUCUGGGCUGUUAGCCACCCCUCCCAGUUUGGUGUCAUCUGCAAAUUUGAUCAGGAUGCCCUUGAGUCCAUCAUCCAAGUCGUUGAUAAAGAUGUUGAAUAAGACCGGGCCCAAGACAGAACCCUGUGGCACCCCACUAGUCACUCUUCUCCAGGAUGAAGAGGAACCAUUGAUGAGCACCCUUUGGGUUCGGUCAGUCAGCCAGUUACAAAUCCACUGAGUGGUAGCAUAGUCAAGACCGCAUUUUACCAGCUUCUUUACAAGAAUAUCAUGGGGCACCUUGUCAAAUGCCUUGCUGAAAUCAAGGUAGGCUACAUCCACUGCGUUCCCUUCAUCUACCAGGCUUGUAAUUCUGUCAAAAACGAGAUCAGGUUAGUCUGACAUGACUUAUUUUUCAGAAAUCCAUGCUGACUAUUGGUGAUCACAGCAUUCCUUUCUAGGUGCUCACAGACUGUUUGCUUAAUGAUCUGCUCCAGAAUCUUCCCUGGUAUUGAUGUCAGACUGACUGGGCGGUAAUUAUUUGGGUCCUCUCUUUUCCCCUUUUAGAAAAUAGGGACAACAUUUGCCCUCCUCCAGUCUGCCGGGACUUCACCUGUUCUCCAGGAAUUCUCAAAGAUGACUGCCAGUGGUUCUGAGAUCACAUCUGCCAGUUCUUUUAAUAUUCUUGGAUGCAGUUCAUCUGGCCCUGGAGACUUGAAUACAUCUAAACUAGCCAAGUAUUCUUGUACUAUCUCCUUAAGUUAUUCUGGGCUGUGUUUCCUUUGCUGAAUCAUUUGCUCCAAAUUCUUCAGGUCGGGCAUUGUUUUCUUUAUCGGAGAAGACUGAGGCAAAGAAGGCAUUGAGGAGUUCAGCCCUUUCUGUGUCCCCUGUUUGCAUUUCACCAUCUUCUCCUCUGAGUGACCCCACUGUUUCUUUGUUCUUCCUUUUGCUACGAACAUACCCAUAAAAGCCUUUUGUUGCUUUUAACCUCUCUAGCAAGCCUGAGUUCAUUCUGUGCUUUAGCUUUUCUGACUUUGUGUCUACACGUGCUGGCUAUUUGUUUGAAUUCCUCUUUGGUGGUUUCCCCUUUUCCAUUUUUGUACACAUCCUUUGUUAAUCUUAACUCAGUUAAAAGUUCUUUAGAUAGCCACCCUGGCUUCUUUAGGCACCUUCCAUGUUUCCGUCUCAUUGGUAUUGCCUGACGUUGUGCUUUUAUUAUCUCCCUCUUAACAAACUCCCAGCCAUCAUGAACUCCCUUUCCUUUUAGUAUUACUGUCCAUGGGAUCUCACCCAGCACUUCCCUAAGUUUUAUGAAGUCGGCUUUCUUAAAGUCAAGAAAUUGAGUCCUAGUAUGCUUGGCUGCUCCUUUCCGCUGUAUAGUAAACUUCAGAAGAGCAUGAUCACUCGCGCCUAAUGAUCCUUCCACUUCUACCCCACUAACCAGGUCAUCAACAUUGGUUAGGACCAGAUCUAAAAUGGCUGUUCCUCUUGUUGCUUCUCCCACUUUCUGGACAAUGAAGUUGUCUGCAAGGCCAGUGAGGAAUCUGUUUGACCUUAUGCUCUUGGCUGAAUUUGACAUCCAACAAAUAUCCGGUUAAUUGAAGUCCCCCAUUACUACUAUCUCCCUUCCUUUUGCAUGCUUGGCCAUCUGUUCCAGGAAGGCAUCAUCUAUGUCUUCCGUUUGGCUUGGGGAUCUAUAGUAAACUCCCACAAUGAGGUCACCGUUAUUCUUCUCUCCCUUAAUUUUGAUCCAAAUGCUCUCACUUUGGCUUUGAGGUUCUAAAUCUUGGAUCUCUUCACAGGUAUACACAUCCCUGACAUAUAAUGCCACUCCUCCUCCUUUCUUGUCUGGUCUGUUUCUCUGAAAUAGAUUGUAUCCCUCGAUUAUUACAUUCCAAUCGUGGGACUUAUCCCACCAGGUUUCAGUGAUGCCUAUUAUGUCAUAUUUAGUUUGCUGUACCAAGAGCUCAAGCUCAUCUUGUUUAUUUCCCAUGCUUUGCGCAUUAGUGUACAGACAUUGAAGUCCAUUAAUCAUUUCCCCGUGUCUCUUAUUUAAGGAUUUUUUCCUCCCACCACUAGGUCUGCGUGCUGUUUGUUCCAUUUGGUCUAUGACAUUUGGAUGAUCAUCUUCAUCAAUUGAUAGACUCCUACCUUCAGGAGCACUGUCUCCCUCCCCCACAUUAGUCAGUUUAAAGCCCUCCUGAUGAGGUUUCUGAGAUUUUGGCAAAAACAUUUCUCCCAACCGUUGUGAGGUGCAGCCCAUCGCUUGCCAGAAGUCCAUCUUCAAGAAACUGCAGUCCGUGAUCUAAGAAUCCAAACCGUUCCUGUUUACACCAUUUGCGAAGCCAGCUGUUCACUUCCACUAUUUUUCCUCUCUCCCUGGGCCACGUCGUUCAACUGGGAGGACAGAUGAGAUGACAAUUUGUGCAUUUAAUUGCUUCAAUUUCCUGCCCAGAGCCUCGUAGUCUCUUUUGAUCUUCUGGAGGCUAUUGCUUGCAGUGUCAUUGGUUCCCACAUGAACCAAGAGGAAGGGGUAUUUGUCAGUGGGUUUUUGUAUUUGUCAGAGCCUUGGGGAGGGGGACACUAUUGCCUUGCAAGGCUUGCAGUGAAUGAAGUGAACCUCCCAGAGUUCACACCCACCAUUUUCCAGAGGGGUAGUCAUGUUGGUCUAUUGCAGCAAAGCACCAGGAGCCACGGAGGCUCCAUCCCAACCAUGGGGCUAUGGGGCACCUGCAGGGCCCCCCACCCCAGUCUCAGCACCCCCUGCACAUCCUCAGCGCUGACCAGAUAAGCCAGAGCAAUGCUGACAUUUCCACACCAGUACCUGAAAGACCAACCAGUUUAACAAAUCAGCUUUUGGCGGGGGAUGAAGGUUUUCUGACAGCUGGCAAGUAUUUGUUUCAUACAUUUAUUUACUGCAAAUAAAUGUAAAAUACUUGGGAGUGCAAAGGAUUCCAGGGUGUAUACACAUAGGUGUAGCAUGAAGGAAGAAAUUAAAAGGAACUGACAUACAAAAAAUACAAUCUGUCACCAUUCACAAACCAUCUAGCUAAUUAACAUCCAAAAACUGGAAUAAAACCUGCUAUCCUGAUUCAGGCAGCGGAUGAUAGGACUUCAGUCUUGCAAUUCAAGCCCCUGAAGUGAUGCCCUUCCAAAGCUUUGCUGGUCUUUCAGGAGUCAAGGCAAAACUCUUGCCUGACUCAGCCUGCCCCCAAGGGCUGCUCAUCAUGAACAUCUCUGGGCUGCUCCAAACUGCUUGGCAUAAUGCUAGCUGGUUCUGGUCCUGCAAAGACUUGACUCCGGGUAGGAGGAGGAGGAGCCCCCUGCCAUCCCUCAGCCUGUGAGGGGAACAUGGAAGGGGAAAUGGAGACCAGAAUAGCAUCAUCCAGUGACAGAAAGUAUAUCUGGUUUUUCAGAAGCGUUUCUUCAGGUGGGCGUCAGCUUGACAGGCUCAGUGUGGCAGGGAAGGAAGGAAGGAAAAGAAAGGGGAUGCUUGUUUGGUAGCAGACCCAGGGCCUCUUCCCUGUACCUGCUGCCACAAACUGCCGAGAGAGGAGAUGUGGUGGCAGGACCCAUGCUCUGUGAGAGGGGGCAAUAUUUACAAUAUUUACAAUAUUUCUUAUGCUGUUACAGAGCUUCUCUAAAUGCCACUAGCGUUAUUCCAUUAUCACUUAUACAUUCCCAGUAUUCAACUAAUUUUCCCCAGUCCUCGAUGAACUUUUGAUCUCGUAGAUAUCUGAUCUUCCCAGUCAGUUUAUCAAGUUCUGCGUAGUCUAUCAGCUUCAUUCUCCACUCCUCCAACGUUGGUAUUUGUUCUUGUUUCCAUUUCUGGGCCAGUAAUAUUCUUGCCGCGGGCCUCCUACUUCUUUGAGUCACGUUUCUCCAUAUAUCUGGCUCCUGUGUUGGUGAACUAGCCUCCUUCUCAGGGGAGUCCCCUGUCUCCUCCUUGGUGGAGACGGUGUGCUCUGUUGCUUCCAAGAAGAGCUCCAGCUCUCUAAUUCUUUGGAGCGUAGCUACACAUUCCUCCAGUUGCUGGACUUUGUCUUCUAAGAGGGCAAUCAACAUGCAAUUGCUGCAGGUAAAGCUGCCUGCAACCUUUGGCAAGAUGGCAAACAUUGCGCAGGAACCGCAGGCGACUGCAGCUGUUCCCUCCCCCUCCAGCUUGAGAACGUGUCGUUGGGGGUGGCUACAGCGGUCCUCCAUCAUAAAAAGCGUGAAGACAGGACAAAUACCCCCCCCCAAAAAACCCCUAGGUCUCCCCCAACAAACGUUUGAGACUAGCUCCCCUAAAUCUAAAAGAUGGAUCAAACAUCCAUCUUUGAUUCAAGAGACGGGGGGGGGGGGUGUCUCCACAAAUGCAGCACCCGGGUCCCAGAUGGUGGCCACAGGAAUAAUGCCAGGAACCAUCACUGCUUGCCCAAGGGGCUUUUGCUGCUUGCAAGGUCCUCCAGAACCCAAAUCAUAGUGCGAGAGGCAAGACCCUUCCCGUCCCAGAACUCCAAGGGGGGGGGGGCAAUGAAAGCAACAGCUUCCAGUCUCAGCCAAGAAUGUGAGAGUCCCUGGCUAGGAGUUGAAGGGGUGAUCAAAGGGUGACUUUCUAGAACUUGAGCCCACUUUUGUUUCCUUCCAGCAAAGAUCCAGGGGGCACAACCCCCCCCCCAUCAUUCACUUGCUGGAUAAAGGCCUGCAUUACCAGGUGCUAUGAGGGCCCAGGGGUGCGCUCCUUCAGGCACCACAGCCCAUUCCACCUGGAGUGCAGCCCCCUUGGCAGCAUUUGGGACCUGAGCCCCUCUGGAUGACAAAUGCAGGAUGCCUUCCUGGUCCUCACUCUCCACCUUUAGGAUAGACGAGGGCUUCAACAGGGAGGGAAUCCCAGGGAGGGAGGGCUCACAGAGGCUCGCUCCAGAUCUGGGAACUGCUGAGCCACAUCCUCUUCCUCCACUUAAGCCUAGCCUAUCAAGCUAGCUGACAUUCACCCUGCCUUGGAAAGGGUGGACCCACCUUGGGAUUCCUUCCAGGAAGUCAGCAAAAUGUAAGCACAAGGCUGCACUUAAGAAGCAGGAAGGACAUCUGUACCUAGUGGGGGGUUCGCUUUGUUUUUGCGACAGAAAAUUUUGCUUAGGUGCAUUCCCUUGCUUUCUCCCUCCCUGCUCCUCCCCCACCAGAUACUUGGUGCAGAUAAAAGGCAGAAGAGCCUGUGGGGCUGAGAAGCCUCCCCAACUGCCCCCCCCCGCUCAAAUUCCAGCCCCUCUUCCUGCUGGGCAGGAAGCCCCUAAGGGCCUUUUCUUGCCUGGACACCAAGAGAAAUGUUAAUAUGAAUUAAAAGGCAGAAAAGCACAUUCUGUUGGAAGCAAAGUGUUGUUGACCCCGGAGGACCAAUUCUCUUGAACAUAUUACAUGCUUGGAGAGCUCAAAACCAAGAGUAGAACAGAUGAGCAGGCUGUGGGUGAGGAGAAGGAGGAGGAAAUGAGGUUGGGGGGGGGGAAUUUCCCUAUUACCAGAAAAGCAAAUAGACACCUCCUUUGUUCAAGAAUAAUGCUUUGCCUUUGGGGAUCCUUCGAUUUGAGUCCUUCUGAGGCGGCCCCUGGGAUCAUCUUCGCUGUCUGGCAAAGUACGCAAGGCAGUCACUGAGGAUGUGUCCACAAAACAAAUUGAAUCUGCCUUUGAACCUGUUCUGACUGCCAUGGCUCCUAACCAAAGAAGUGGCUGUUCUGCAAAAGGGCAGCUAAGUACGGUACUCUGAUGGGAGGACUGUGCUAAUGACACCCCUUCCUGCAAUUCCUCUUUAAAGCAUCUCCAGAGCAUUAGUUUCAUGGGACAGCAGCCAACCUCAAUUCAAAUGCAGAUCCAGGAUCCUUUCAUUGGCCAUAAUGACCUGGGCAUGUAUGUUUAUUGUCCCAUUGUUGUUGUUUAGUUGUAUCUGACUCUUCAUGACCCCAUGGACCAGAGCACGCCAGGCACUCCUCUCAUCUACUGCCUCCUGCAGUUUGGUCAAACUCAUGCUGGUAGCUUCGAGAACACUAUCCAACCAUCUCAUCCUCUGUCGUCCCCUUCUCCUUGUGCUCUCCAUUUUUCCCAACAUCAGGGUCUUUUCCAGGGAAUCUUCUCUUCUCAUGAGGUGGCCAAAGUAUUGGAGUAUCAGCUUCAUGAUCUGUCCUUCCAGUGAGCACUCAGGGCUGAUUUCCUUAAGAAUGGAUAGGUUUGAUCUUCUUGCAGUCCAUGGGACUCUCAAGAGUCUCCUCCAGCACCAUAAUUCAAAAGCAUCAAUUCUUUGGUGAUCAGCCUUCUUUAUGGUCCAGCUCUCACUUCCAUAUAUCACUACUGGGAAAACCAUAGCUUUAACUAUACGGACCUUUGUCGGCAAGGUGAUGUCUCUGCUUUUUAAGAUGCUGUCUAGGUUUGUCAUUGCUUUUCUCCCAAGAAGCAGGCGUCUUUUAAUUUCGUGGCUGCUGUCACCAUCUGCAGUGAUCAUGGAGCCCAAGAAAGUAAAAUCUCUCACUGCCUCCAUUUCUUCCCCUUCUAUUUGCCAGGAGGUGAUGGGACCAGAAAUGCAGUGUUUGUGGCAACUACCCUGGUUGGAGCUCAGAAAAUUAGUCAUAAGAUUUAUUUUAAAGACUAAUAUUCAUGGCUCUAGCAGCCAAAUCAUCUGCAGAGGAAUUCUCCAGCUGCCAGUCUGUAUUUGCAACACUUUUUACCAUUCCUAGGAAAACACAGUUGUGUGGGGUGGUAGAGGGAGAUUUGGCAGCUUAAAUGCAGGCAAUGAAGGAAAGAGAAAGAUAUUGUGAGUCGUUAACAACCCCCCACACUGUCUGACAACAACUAAGGCCCAAGUGCACAACACCAAGCUCUUCCCCACCAUCCUUCAGCCACAUCAGAGGGUAGAGGCAGGAAGCCAGUCACCUUGGGGCAAGUGCAUAACAUCUAGUUGCUCCUGGCCCUUGACACACACACCCCGUCUCGUGUUCCUGGGCUCUUCUUGACCCCCCCCCCUUAGAAGUCUCUCCCAUCUCUGAUGCUCUUGCUGGGAGAUCUCCAAUUAAACUUUUUAUUGCAUUAGCCAUAGGCCAUGGCAUCAUUCAGAAGGAGAACGAAACACACACACACACACACACCAAUAACCAUAAAAAUAUUCGGGCACUGAUAUACAAUAAAACCAUGGUCAUGGCUACUAAAAUUAUUUGUUGCAUUAAAUGGAAUAGAAUAGCAGAAGAUUCUCAGCUAAGAUGUGCCAAAUUAAAUAUCCGAAUCCCCUUUGCAGUUGAUCACUAUUGUGUCUAGUUCCUUCCUCCUGAUCUUCUUAGCUGCCAGCACAUAAAGUGCUGCUUUAUAAGUAACAAAGUCGUUGGUGUCACUCAGCAGCCAUUUCACCCUUUCCAACCUAUUCAAAUGUCUUCCAUUCGUAAACAGGUUUUAUAAAUCGGUCUCUUGGGUCUAUGUAUAACGGGCACUGCAAUAAAUAAUGGCACAGGUCCUCGACGCAGGGUUGUCCAUAUGGAUAGAAUCUCUCUUCAUAAUGUACUUUGCCGUACCACCCAUCCAACACCACCAAGGGCAUCGAUUGGAAUCGUAGUUCUGUAAAAGCGAUUCUUAGUACACCAAGUGGGAACUUUGUCAGGUAUCUGGCUCAGGCAUGCUCGGUUUUGAUAAGUGGAAACCAUGGUGAGCUCUUGGUAGAAGCAAUCAUGGUUAGAUUGCUUUCUGCAUCGGACCUAAGGAGACAGUCUCUUAAGUGCCUCUUAUCCAUCUUCGUGGUCACCUGAAGAUUUGUAAUUGAUAUUGGGACAAGAGGCAUUGGAUGCCAACCUUCCAGCAUUUGGUCUGUUCCCGUCCUGUGUAAGACAUAGCGGGGAAUCUCUCCUCUGAAAGAGACUGAAGUCUUUUCACAUAAUUUAGGCAAAUUUAGGCAAUUCUAGCCUGCAUUGUUGUCACGUCAGCUUCAGCACGAAGAAGAGCAGCAGCUGGGGUCCCAUUGGGGAGUGAGAACACUUUCUUGAGGAAUUCGUUAUGCACUAUUUCUAAGGCUUUGUUAGCCUUUAGGUCCAUGCCCCAUAUCGCUACUCCAUGGAGCAUCUGGGAAACCACUUUGCUGGCAAAAUUUUCAGCACAGGUUCUAGUAACUGGCCACAAGCUUUCUGCGCUUUGAGUUUUGUAGCCUCAAUGUGCCCCUUCCACAAUAGCGUCUCAGUGAAGAGAACUCCCAGAUAUCUGAAGGAGUGUGUUUGCUCCAGAUCCUGCUGAUCCAUCAUAUCAUUUAUGUAAAAGUUGAAGAGUGUGGGAGCCAAUAUGCAGUGCUGGGAGAUCAGUUCCUGUCCUUUGAUUUUACAUUAGAGGACCACUGAGGAAGAGAGAGACUUUUCUAGGUUAACUCAGUGAGAUUCUUUGGGAAGGGGCCCUCCCUUCUGCCACCCGGACUGCACUUGAGUCAGAACCACCUGAGUCCCCUCUGCUUCCCACCCUCAAGACCUCAGUGUACACUAAGUUAUUAUAUAAGAAAGGGAGGAGGAAAUUAAAUGGCUGCAAAACAAAUUCCUGCUUCUCUUCCCCUCCCUGAAAAGGGAAGAAAAAAUGAGUCCAAUUUAUUUUUAGCUGCCUAAAGAGGGGGCUUUGCAUUAUUAUUCCUCAAGGGUGAGCUGCUGCUGCUGCUGCUGCUGCUGCUCUUGCUGCUAUAAAUCCAUAAUCUACAAAGAAUGGAUUCUGCAAUCACCAGUUUUUUAAAUGUGAAAUCUGCCAAGGAUAUUUUGUGAUCUGCAGGAAAAGGAAAAUCCUCUUUGCUACAUGUAAACGUGCAAGUGCUUGGUUGUGUUCUGGAGAGGGGGCAAGAUGGAGGGGGGGGGCUCUUCAACACGCAGGUGGGCAUCCCAGUUAUGGUGUGUGUGUCUCUCUCUCUCACACACACCUGCAAAGUCUUUGCUUCUUCCAGAAGAGCAAAGCCAGCAUCAUACAGCGGCUGUGUGUGUAAGCUAGGUUGCUUGUACAGGGCACAAGCAAAGGAAAGGAGGGUCUCUGCCCCAAGGCACCUCCCAUCUUCUCUGCUCUGCCUGUGGGGAGAGUGGCUGUCACCCCAAGGCCAUGGCACACCCAUAUGCAAAGGGACUUGCAGAACAGGGCAAGGGCAGCUCCCCUCUCGAGAGCCCGGGGGUGGGGUGGCUUCUUCCUCAAAGGAAGUGAAACUGGUAGGCUAAAGAAGGCUCUUCUCUUCUCACCUGGGCCUCAUGCGCACUUUAGUUUUAAUGAUUCGUAUUACUCAGCUUGGUCUCAUCCCCACCAACUCACCUGCCUUUCCUUGCUCCUCCAUGGCCUGUUUGCUGCUAUGUGUCUCAGUAGCCAAGGGGGGCAGAGGGGCAACUGCCCCCUAGAUCAAGUGAAACAAAAGAAAUAUUUCACUGCCCAAUCCCAUUGGUUCUGCCACCCACCAGAAAAGUCCUGCCCCACCUAAGUAAGUCCUGCCUCCCAUAACAAAAAUCCUGGCUAUGCCAAUGGCCUUGGUGCAGCUGCCGGGGGGGGGGGGCAGGGGCUCCCAUGGCAGAGGCCUGCCAGAGCAGCUGCAUCUAUGUCUGUAACUCCCUCCUCUCCCUCUCUCUUGCAGGUGUGUGGGAAGGUGGUAGGAUGCCCGUAGGACCAUGCACUGCACCAUGACAUGCUGCUGCUGUUUUCUGGUUUUGGUUUUUCACUGUGUCCUCCUGAGUACAGCCUCAGUGGCGGCUUGCCCAGCACGCUGUGACUGCAUCCCCCAGAUCAAGUCCGUCAGCUGCCACCGCAAGCGCCUCACCGCAAUCCCUGAGGGGAUUCCCACGGAGACCAAGAUCUUGGAGCUUAACAAGAACCGCAUCCGCUGCCUGAACUCGGGGGACCUGUCCCCAUUUCCACUAUUGGAGGAGCUGGACUUCAGUGAGAACAUCAUUGCCAGUGUAGAGCCGGGUGCCUUCAGCAACCUCCUGAACCUGCAGGUCUUGCGCCUUCGUGGCAACCAGCUCAAGCUGCUCUCCCCGGGCGUCUUCACCAAGCUCUCCAACCUCACCGUCCUGGACAUCAGCGAGAACAAGAUUGUCAUCCUCCUGGACUACACAUUUCAAGACCUGAGGAGCCUCAGGAUCCUGGACCUUGGGGACAAUGACCUGGUUUAUGUCUCUCGGAAGGCCUUCUCCGGCCUCCUGGGCCUACAGCAGCUGACAAUAGAAAAAUGCAACCUGACAGACAUCUCUGCAGAGUCGCUCUCUCGCCUCCAGAACCUACAGGCCCUCCGGCUCAGGCACCUGAGCAUUGCCACAGUGGAAGACCAAAACUUCAAAAAGCUUUGCAACCUCUGGCAGCUAGAAAUUGACAACUGGCCAUUCCUGGAGGACAUAUCACCAAAUGGCUUCCAAGGACUCAACCUCACCUCACUCUCAAUCACGUACACAAACAUCACUGCUGUCCCAACAGCUGCCUUGAGGAACCUGGGGCAUCUAAUGUACCUGAACCUCUCCUACAACCCCAUCAGCACAGUCCCCAAGGGCGCCUUCCGGGACCUCAUCCGGCUCAGAGAGCUCCACAUGGUGGGUGCCUUGUUGGCCUUGGUAGAGCCCCAGGCGCUGUAUGGCUUGAGGCAAAUCCGCCUUCUCAAUCUCUCCAACAAUUUCUUGUCCACUUUGGAGGAAAGCAGCUUCCACUCUGUCAACACUCUGGAGACACUCAGGGUGGACCGGAACCCCUUAGUCUGCGACUGCCGCCUCCUCUGGAUCCUCCAGCGCCGAAAGACACUCAACUUCAACGGCCAACCGCCAAUGUGUUCCUCACCACCCGAGAUCCAGGGUGACGCCCUGCGCGACUUCCCAGACUCUGUGCUCUUUGAGUACUUCACCUGCCAAAAGCCAAAAAUCAGGGACCGGAAGCUCCAGCACAUCACUGCUUACGAAGGGCAGGCUGUGUCCUUCCUGUGCCAGGCGGACGGAGAGCCCACCCCCUCCAUCGUCUGGGUUUCUCCUCAGCAUCGGAUGAUCACUACCAGGAGCACUGGGCGAGUUGCCGUCUUGCCCAGUGGGACGCUGGAGAUCCGCUACACACAAGUCCAAGACAGUGGGACCUACAUCUGCAUCGCCAGCAAUGCCGGUGGCAACGACACAUACUUUGCCACGCUGACCAUCAAGGGGCACUUGGCCAACGGAGCCCUUUAUGCAAACCGGACCCUGCACCUCAGUGACUUCAACGACACUUUGCACAACAGCACACAGGUCUUCUUGAAGUUCACACUUGACCUCAAGACUAUCCUGGUGUCCACUGCCAUGGGGUGCAUCACCUUCCUGGGUGUGGUGCUCUUCUGCUUCCUCCUCCUCUUUGUCUGGAGUCGAGGCCGUGGGCAGCACAAGAACCACUUCUCUGUGGAGUACUCUUUCCGCAAGGUGGACGGCCCAACCACAGCGGCUGGGCAAGGGGGCGCCAGGAAGUUCAACAUGAAGAUGAUCUGAACUGCUGGCAGGCUGGGAGGGGGGCCCUGCUGGGAACACCCGCAAGGCGAACCAAGUGGGCUGUGGGUGCUGCUGCCCCUCCUCUGCCAUCAGUUCAGUUCAACUUCAAGGGCUUAGACCAGGCAAGCAGUGACCGUGCUGAGGGACCUCUGUCACACCACACUUGCCAAGGGUGCCAUGAACCUAGUGGCAGCAUUGCCCAUCGUGGCUGGCCCAGGGCCAGCACCCAGCAAGGUGGGGAAGACCCUGGCACCCUGGCAGAGCCUGCUGCUGCCACCAGAGCCUCCUGAUGCGGCUCGGCCAGGUGGUAGCAGCACCGGACAGAGCUCCAGCUCGCCUGGAAAGCACCAAGUGGCCACCUAGCACCGCCCUGGUCCUGAUGCUCGCACGUGGAUGGGAGCGGCAUCAUUAGCAGGGUGGGUUUGGUUAGCACCAUCCACAUGCCGAGUGAGCUGGGAGCUCCUCCACUCAGUGCCACAGCCUGCACUGUUCACUGGCAGGCACUGCACUGCAUGCGACUUCCCCCGGGCUGAAGGGCAGCCCUGGCCAGGGGCUUCUGCCUCUCUCUUUUUCUCCCUGUCUCUGGGCUUCUAUCCCCCAUGGACAACGUGCUCCACGCAAACAACACAGGGGGCUGUUCAGGUCUUUUUGCUGUAGCUGACUUUUGUCCUUUUUUUCAUCAACUAUGCAUCUUUCAAGUAACGGGAGCAUUACUCUUGGGCUUUAAAGAACCUCGCCUCUCUCUCAUUUUUCUAAGUGAUAUAUUUGGAAAUCUCUGUUGAGCUGAGUGCUUGUUUUUAAACCAUUUAUAUGCACGCCUAACAGGCAUCUUCCUGUGCGGCUGAGGACUCCCUGUGCAGGGAGGGAAGAGGGAGACCAACCCACCUUUGCCCGCCAGACCAGAGCCAGCAAGGUGGAGGCUAUGCUGGGGGAGACGCAGUGCCUUGUAAGAACCCUGUCUAACAUUUUUAAUAAUAAUGAGGAGUAUGUUGGCAGACAACUGCCCUCUGUGCUGAGACCCUCCUCAACAAAGCAAUAACCUGCUUCUUCCACUUGGCUGGCUAGGAUAGGGCCCAGUACACGGACCCAAGAAGGCUGAGCUCCUGCACUGUCCUGCACUCUCCCCAAGGGAGAGCCAAGCUUUGAGUGUGUAGAUGAGAGAGAGAGAGAGAGAGAGAGAGAGAGAGAGAGAGAGAGAGAGAUGUAAAGUGAAAUGUAGGCUGCCCUCUUCUUUUCAUUGAAUAAGGCUAGAAGCCACUUGGAGGAGUGUUAGCUGGUUUAGUGGGGGAAGGUACACUCUGGACAGAAAGAAUCCAUUGCCACCUUUGAGCCCCACCAAGGGCCCCACUACAAGUCCUGGUGGCUUGAGGUGGACUCUGAGGAAGGCCAAGGGUGGCUGGACCAAGGCCAAGGCAGAGCAAGGGGUUGAGCUGCCCCAGUUAGGGAUGUGUACAAAGUGCUUUCUGCCAUCCCUACAACCUUCCUGUGAAGUGGGCAAGGUUGCAAGAAGGUGGCUGGCCCAGGGCCCUGAUGGAUGUGUUCUGGGGCUGAUUCUCCCAAAUAGGCACAGCCCCAUGGCAGGUUCCAGUUGGGUCACCUUCCCCUUCCCCUCCUUGGCUGGCAGAUCCCAGCUGCAAAAGAAGCCUGAGCAGUCAGGAGCUGCUGGCGCCUUACAACAAAUCCCAAGAACAGGGUUCCUUUUGCGCCUUCCCUGCCUGCCGCACAGGAGAGGAGAAUCUUCCGAGGCUCUGCCUGCCAAGGGAAGUGGUGUGUGUGUGUGGUUGCACAUCCAUCCACGCAUGAGCUAGAAGAUUAUGCUUGUUGAUGAUAAUGUAUUAUUUCUGCUAAACGAGGUUUUGGCUGACAUAUUUACUGGCAUCUGUUUUGGUUUCCAAUGAAAACACCAACUGGCAGGGAAGACUGGGAUUGUCCUGACAACAGGAAAUUAGUAUUUUAGAGAGCAAGGCAGGUCAGCGAUGGAGAAGUGCGCAUUUGCUUGCUGGGAUGGUGCUGACUGGACCUUCCAGGGCAAGAGAUGUGGAGGCGUCUGUCAGCCAGAACUCCUCAGAGAUGCUGCUGGAUCAAUGCUAAUAAAAUAGAGGGAAGGCUGCCACUCAGUUCCGCUCCGUCUGUUCCUCCUCCCACCACCUGGUCUGCUCUAAAGGGUAGCACAAGGCGUGAAACUUGGGGUCGGGACAGUGUGCCACUGAAGGGCAUGCUGAAAAGACAGAAGCCUGGCUAGAGAAAGAUUUUGCAGGGGAAAUUCAGCCUGCUCCCCGUGACCUCUUGGCAAUAGAGACCGCUCCAAGCUCUCAGGUGUGUUUGCCUGGCCCUCGAACAUUUGGCCCUCUUCCUCUCACCCACCUGUAAAAUGGCAACAGCAGCUAAUGCAUGUAGCUAUUUUGAGGGCCAACACAAGUGUGACUAGGAGUGCUGAGUACAUAGCUAAAUCCUGGCUUGUGGACUGCCAAGCGGAGAGUCCAAAAGUGGCUUCCUUUGCAGUGCUGGCCCGAGGGCACUGAGCAGCCAUGGACUGUAUGUGUCUGGAGGCACCUUAAAGAUCAAGAUUUAGUGCGGCAUGAGUUUCCAUAGACCAAUUAAUUUAUGACAUUUAUUUAUUGCCUGGCCAGGGAGGUCCAAGCUGUGUACAUGUUUCUCCCCACACCAAUUUUAUCCUCACCAACACUGCGAAAGUAGGCUAGGCUCAGAGGUGGAGUUUGGCCAAGCGGGCUGAAACUGUAUCUGCCUAGUCUGUGGCUCUUUAAACACCACACAACGUUGGCUCUUGGCGUCUAGAGACCACUUGCAUCAGACGACAAAGAUUUGAGCUGCAAUAAUGUGUUUGACAAAAGGGGGGGGGAGCAGUCAGCUUUGGGCAGAGUAGCCUUUGGCUCUCUGGAUCUCUGUCUUGGAGGCCAUGAAGAAAUCUAUUGUCAGUACCCACUCCAUCCCCCUCUGCAUCUUCUGGACUCUUCUCCACCGCACCCUGCUCACUUCAAAAACAACUUCUCCAACAGUCCCAAUCACUUGGCCCUUCCUUCCAUUUUGGUGGAAUAACACUGGACAGAGAUGUAAGAUCUUACACAGGGAAGGGGCAAGGGGGAAAUCACAACCAUGAAACUAUUUCAUCCUUCCCCCCGGCCAAGAAGUAGGAAAGGAGCCCAGCACUGAUUUUGAGGGUGGAUGAAAUUUGCUGGAGUUUGGGGUGGUGGAUGCUCAAAAAGCCAAGAGUGGGAAAGUCAUUCACUGUCCCCAUGGAAUACCUUGUUUAUACAGAAUGUGCACAUUUUUUAAUAUGUAUGACUGCAUGUACAAUACAGCAAUGUAUCACAUAAUC